GUGUGUGUAGCGUUUCUUGUACGCUGUAGGGUGACACCGGCUGUCUGUCCCCCCUUCCCCUUCCCCUGCUUGCGGGAAGGCGGCGGCGGCGGCGGGCGGGGGGGCGGCAAGGCAGAGCGGCAGGCGGGGAAGCCAUUGCCUGCUUAAUAGUUGCUGUUGCAGCACUUCCGCUUCUCUCCCCGCGAGAGAGACACGAGUGGCCAGGCCCAGCCGCACCGAGGAGGAGCGCCAGACACAAAGGGAGAGAGGUAGGGGGAGAGGGGGCGCCCCGACUCUCACCCUCGACGGGCGCAGACGCCCCCGCCGCGCCUGGCCUCCCCCCGAGGGCGCGGAGGAGGGCGGCGGGGGCUUGGGGGCUUCCCGGGGGGGGGGGAGGGAGCCGAGAGGAGAUGGCAGCGGGGGGAGGGAGGGAGACCCGGGUGGGCAGAGGAGACGUCGGGGGGGUAGGGAGUAUUUGGGGGGGGAGAGAGCUGACAGGUCUCGCCCCGCACCCCUGGGAGCCGGGGGAGGCCGGAGGGUGCGCGGACGGGGGGGCAGCUUUCUCUCCCCUCCCCACCCCGUCUUGCAAACCGAGAAGGAUGAGGUGGUGGGGAGGGAGGCGUGUUGUUUUGGGGGGUGGGGAAGGGUAGUAAAACAAAAGCCAAGGGGGGGGGCGUUUAGAAGUAGAGGAGGAAGAAGGGGCGGGGAGCCCCUUGAGGAGUAGCUAGCUGCUCCCCCCCCAAGUUGGAGGGGGGUAUACUCUAUAGACACCCCCUGCCCACAAUACCGAUUCCUCUUUCGCACCCACUACGGAUUUCUCCUCUCCCCCCUCCAGGGCAUUCCCCUUUUUCCUGGGUCAUCUCUGCCCCCCCCCCAGUCCCUAAUUACUAGUCCCCAUUAUGCACCUUCUGAAAAGUAUUCCCCCCCCCAACCCUCACUUCCUGUGGUGGUGAGUUUUCCACCUCACCUCUUUCAGCAGCCUCCCAGUUUUUCCUAGUACCCCCCCCCCCGAAUUUCUUACUUUGCCCCAGCCUUGUAGAAUACCAAUGUUUCCACCACUCUCUAGCCUCUGUUAUCUGACCCCUUUAUCUCCGUGUGUCAUGGAUGCUAUUUGGAGGGGGUCGGAGGGGGUCCUGUGUGAAAAGGUUAGAGGAGGCAUGUAAGGAAAUUGCUUCGUCUCCCUAAUCCCAGUUUCCCCUUUUAUUAAUUAUUAUGGUCUGCGCGUCCCCCUCGCCCCCAUUUCCAGAGAGGAGCUGGCACUAAAUGUUGCUGAAACUUGUGGGUGGGGGCUUCUCUUUGAAUCUAUUCAUUCUUUCUCCCUGCGAAGAGAAGUAGAAAAUGUUUUCUAAGAGCUUGACCCAAGACCCCCCGUGGCUCCUUGUCCAAGUGUUAACUGUUCCCCGUUUCCCUCUCUCCCCUCCCCCCCGUUCCUUGUGGUGUUUUCACUCCAGGUUUGGGGUACGUAGUGUGGGGUAGCUAUGUCGGAUGACGAUUCGAGGGCCAGCACUAGCUCUUCCUCAUCUUCGUCCUCCAACCAACAGACCGAGAAAGAGACAAGCACACCUAAGAAGAAGGAAAGUAAAGUCAGCAUGAGUAAAAAUUCCAAGCUGCUUUCCACCAGUGCCAAGAGGUGAGAUUGUCCAUAGCAUUCUCUUCCUUAUAGUUGUUGCGAUGGCUUUUCUUCACUAAAUACCUUUCUGGCAUAUGCUCUUUCUGCAAAACAAUUACAGCCUACCCCCCAUCAACAUUAUUGCCCACUCCCCAAGUGCAUUAUUUUUGUUUUAAAGAAUCUCAGUUUUUUUACCUAACCAUACCUCUAACCUUCUUCUUGAAACUUGUCAUUAUCACCUGUAUCCGCCAGCAGAAAAGUUCAGAGCCCGUGACUUCAAUCCAAGAGUACCUCAAUUCCUGCUUUGCUACCAACUUACUGCGUAGCCUUGGGCAAAACUCUUAAUUUCUUCACAAGCUUUCCUGGUGGAUGGUGACCGUAGUCUAGUGUGCAGUAGUGUGAUGUAGAUUAAUUAAGAUUUGGUAUCUGCAUUGAGUUCAUCCAAUUAGGUGUUAAAAUAGUAGUCUCCCAGGGAGAAAAAAAUGCUACUUUCUAUCGUUGCUCGCAUUUAGAGUCAAUCUUUUCUUUUUUUCAAAUUCAUCACAAUUCAGCUUUCAAACUUUGAUGCAAAAGAUCACUGUUGCUUCAAUAAGACGAGUGUUCUUAUUGAAAACGUACAAAUCUCACCCUUAUGCUUACGAACCUCCUUGUGCAACUGGGAUUUGAAUUGGUAUAUCCAAAAAAUUGUCUGAUGGGUCCAGCGCUCUCCAUCUUGUUUCUGCUGAAAUUAAUGUGUCACAUUGGUAUGGAAAGAGGAGGAGCCUUUCAUGAGGAAUUUUACCGAGGGGAGGGCACACACUAGUAUUUGUAUUGACUGCUAAUUAAUUUUGGGGAGGGAGAAACAAACAGAAAAAUGCCCUUACUUUUGCUGCUUAGUGAUAAAAAUCAGUGGGAAUUUUGUUGCUAACAUCAUUGAUGUUUGGAUCUCUUCUGUUGUGGUUAGUGAAGGGGAACUCUGUACUAUUUAUUCUCUCAUACCUGUGAUGGCAUUAAGGUGAUCCAAUUGGUAUGUCAUUUGUUUCUGCUUCUUCUGUGGGGAUCUUGUAUGUUUCACUGCACAGAAUGCUAGACUUGACCGAAGGUUGGCAUGAGUUUUGGACUCAUUAAUUUGAGCAAAACAGUGUCUUUUGCCCUGUGUUUCUGACUAUAAAGCAGGUAUAAUAGUUUCAGUGUUAUGAAAAUCACUAAGGUUUGGAAAUAAUGGACCUGGAUCGACCUUAGUAGAUUUAUGUAGCUUGCCCUUUAUCCCUAUCAAUAGUUUUUUUUUGUGUGGAUGCUACUUGGGAAAGUCAUACUGCUUUCAUCUCUUGAAUUCCCUGUGUAAGAUUUGCCUUCUCUUUUGGUUUCUUGCUGUAGGAUUCAGAAGGAGUUGGCUGACAUCACCUUAGAUCCACCUCCCAACUGCAGGUAUGUGUUGAUCCAUCUUUUCUAAUGGCUGGACUACGUGUUGCAAUUAAGUGUGGCUACCUCCAACCUCUAUUGCCUCCCAUGUUUAGUUAAAUAAGGCACGUGACUCGGCAUGAUAUCAUUGCACUCUGUGUUUUCCUACAUUCAGUUGUUGGCUGCUGCUUGCAGAAGGGCAGGGAAAUGAAUGCAUCUUACCACUUAAAUGCAGGACGUUUUGUGGGGUGGCAGCUACCGCACCUACGAUGGUAAUGAGGAAGACUGGAGAGCACUUGACGGGUUAUUACUUCUAAAUACAAUUUUUGGUUCUGAAAUGUUGAUGCAGACUAUAUUUUCCGAAUGGCUUGGAAUAAUUCCUUAUGGCCUUUGAGGCUCAGGAGGUGAAUUCCGGAUGUGAAUAUUCUGUUUCUUGUGCUUAUUUUUAUUGUACUUCAGAAGUAAUUGCAUUAGGAGUGGAUUGCAUCAUUGGUUGUCAUGCUAUGUGAAUGUAUAUAUAUUUCUGUGGCUGGGCAGUUGUGAAGGAUAUGAAAAUGCACGUUCCCGUCACCCCUUUUGCAUUUAUAGGUAUUAUUCCAAAUUGCAUCAUGCUUAUUAUUGCAUUCAAUUUGUGGGGGGGACGGGGACGGAAGACCUGUUGCUGCUUUUUCAAGUUGUUAUGCCUCUGCGCCGUGCAGUGCUGCAUGCAAUAGGAGCGAGAUUUGAGUUCCUAGCUCAGCAUAUGCACCUUAAGAGCAUGCAUGUAAUCUGGUGAAAGCACACCCCGGGGGAUGUCGUUGCCUUUUAUAAAAUGAGUGUUUGAGCUGUGUGUUAAAAGAUUUAGACACUUUCUGAAAGUACCUGCUAAGCUGCUUCUUAGGUUAUCACUUAGCUUUUGUAGCCCCUGAGCAUUUAGAUAUGGGGUAAUACAGUAUAGAUGGUCCGUGCUUGCCCCUUGUUAAUUAAACAGGAAGGCUACUUUCAGCACAUGCUGUCACAGUUGAGGCUGCUGUUUCUAGAGAGCAUCUUUAUCUGUCCAGGCUGCUAAUAACCACUUUCGAGCCAGUUGCUAUUGAUGGUGGCAGCCGGUGAAACGAUCCGUCUUUUAGAACACUUAGGGUGGAGCUUGCUUCCUCUACCUGCAAGACGUUCCCUUUCCUUUAUGACUGCUCCAGCAAGCAAAUGAUGCGACUGUUAAAGUUUCAUUUUAAAAUCCAGCCAUCACGUGAAGAAACUGGGAGGAAAAUAUGUGAGGAGAGCAGAGGUCUGGGCUUAACGAAGGGCUGCCCUGUUUAUUUAACAGGAUCAGCUAAAGACAUAUUUCCUUCUAUUGGCCGAAGUCCCCAUUGCAACGGGAUCAGGAACAUUAUCAGUGACUGAUGCCUGGAUGAAAGAGGGGAGAUGACUGAUACAAAUGUAUUAUGAUGUUAAAGGUUUUUAGUCGUUGGUGUUUGAUAAGAGAGACUUUAAAAACAUGCAUGACAAAUGGCUUUGUCUUGUUGCUGAAGCUUCAUGCGGUUUAAAUUAAUCAUGGUUGUGAAUUUGCUAUGUGGGUUUUUGGAAUCUGCUGUUCUCAGUGUUGCAUUCUUGUUAAUGGUUUCGCUCUUACCCUGCCUGAUCGAAGUGUAUGUCCAAAUCAUCCAAGUAAUCUCGCAACAGUUAUCUGUCUCUAAACAGCUUGUAUAUGAACUUGGUGCCUUUCAGGGCUAUGCUAGCAAAUUACCUUGUCAGAAUAUAAUGACUGUAGAUGUGGUUUCUUAUUUCACUAGUGCAGUCCACCGGGAAUCAUAAACUUUGAGGCACAAUACAGAGAUGUUUGCUUUGCUCAAGCCUUUUGAGAGGCAAAAAUUGGUUUAUGCUACAAGGGCUUUAAACUACCUGGUGAUCAGAGGAAUCUUGCACUUCAAAUCGUAUAUGUGAGCAGAAGUUUGGAUGUUUUCAAGUUUCCUUUUCCUGUGGAUUGUGUUGAACUUGAGAGAAGUAUGCUAGCCUUGAUUUGGCUCAUAAUUGGUAGUGAGAGGAGGAGGAGGAGGAAGUGGGGGGGGGACCUAGAAACCUUGAAUCUUGAGUUUUAGAGUAACUUCAUUGUUGGCACUUAUUUGCUUGGGGGCACAAAAUUGUGUCUCAAAACAUUGUUCUCUCUUCAUUCGCAUCUUAAAUCCGUUAUGAAAAUGACGGCAUCUUUUGGGGAUGUGUUUGCUUUGUCACACAAAAGAAUAUUUUAAAGUAUUUUGUAGAUGCGUGGAUAUGUUCUUGUGGAACAGAGCCAUUUCUCUAGCCCGUGUAGGUGUUGCAUUAAAAUCACAGGCACAGCACAGGCUACAACAGAUUUAUGUAUCACGUGUGAAAAUAGCCUAUGUGUUGCCAUUUCCUAACACAGGAGUAACCUUUGCGGUGCACCCCCUGACCAUUGGUCAUGCUGGCUGGUGCUGAUGGGAGUUGGAGUUAACAACAUCUGGAGGGUAACACAUUGACUACCCCUGCCUUUAUGUAUUCAGUGUGAAUCCAGCUGUUAGCUGAUGCUGUGGGAAAGAUCCAUACCUUUACACCAGUAGCAUUGGCCUGGCAAGGUUGCUUUCUCCUAGUCUCAUGCUGCUCUCAUUCAGGAUUGGAGACUGCUGUAGCGGCCCAUUACAGAUGUGAGAAAUGCACAAUUUUUUAAAGGAUUUUGCAGUGUGAUCUUUAGUGCCGCUAUGAUUUCAGGGGACGUAGAGCCAAAAAGCUCCUUGUUGUCUUUUUAAAGACAGAAUGGAAUCACAUUUCACCCCACCUAAGCUGCUACAGCAUAGCUGCAUGCCCUGAAUAUUAUUGGUGACGGGGGGGCCUGUAGGUUUAUUCCUCAUAUACGUUUUGCUUCUUCUAUGAGUUUUCCCAACAAGGCACCUUAAAGCUUUCUGUGAGCCCAUGAUGUCCUGCAUCUCCCCUUUCAUUUGAUGUGUUUGCCUUCAGGACAAGGUUGAGCACUGCCAGUGAACCGGCUGCCUGUGUUUUGUCUUGGCUACGCUCGAGAAAGCUUGGAUUGUUGCUUUUGUUCCUCGAGGGGGCUCACCGUGAAGCCCCCUGCCAUAGGCUGCUUUCACAAGUGACACUAAGAAUGCCUUUUUGUCCCUCGCACUUGUGGAUAUGGUUAAUGUGGGAAACGGUCCCUUUUAAUUUGAGUGAUAAUCUUUGGAGCUGCUAAAUUCAAAGGAUCUGGCGGACGGGCAUUAUCUUAUUCCUAGGAACAAAUAUAGUCUUUAAAAUGCACCAUCACAUCAGUUGCUGUUUGGUUCGAGAAGUAUACAUUCAGCCUCUCACCGUCCGUGAUAACUACAAAGUAUUUGGAGGAGAGCAGAGAUGAUAAUAUAUGGGCAUACAUAGUGAAGGUUGUAACUGUGCAGGCAUGGGAAAUGUGUGCAAACUGCUGAAGCAGUUCCUGUGAAAGUGGCCAUUUGCUUCUGGCAGUGGCUCACUCCUUCUUUUGUCAGGUUUUAUGUAUAUGUUUAGGGACGCGGGUGGCGCUGUGGGUUAAACCACAGAGUCUAGGACUUGCCGAUCAGAAGGUCGGUGGUUCGAAUCCCCGCCACGGGGUGAGCUCCCGUUGCCCGGUCCCUGUUCCUGCCAACAUAGCAGUUUGAAAGCACGUCAAAAAGUGCAAGUAGAUAAAUAGGUACCGCUCCAGCGGGAAGGUGGGACGCGGGUGGCGCUGUGGGUAAAACCUCAGCGCCUAGGACUUGCCGAUCGUCAGGUCGGCAGUUCGAAUCCCCGCAGCGGGGUGCGCUCCCGUUGCUCGGUCCCAGCGCCUGCCAACCUAGCAGUUCGAAAGCACCCCUAGGUGCAAGUAGAUAAAUAGGGACCGCUUACUAGCGGGAAGGUAAACGGCGUUCCGUGUGCUGUGCUGGCUUGCCAGAUGCAGCUUGUCACGCUGGUCAUGUGACCUGGAAGUGCCUUCGGACAGCGCUGGCCCCCGGCCUCUUAAGUGAGAUGGGCGCACAACCCUAGAGUUGGACACGACUGGCCCGUACGGGCAGGGGUACCUUUACCUUUUACCAGCGGGAAGGUAAAUGCCGUUUCCAUGUGCUGCUCUGGUUCACCAGAAGCGGCUUAGUCAUGCUGGCCACAUGACCCGGAAGCUGUACGCCAGCUCCCUCAGCCAAUAAAGCGAGAUGAACACCGCAACCCCAGAGUCGGUCACGACUGGACCUAAUGGUCAGGGGUCCCUUUACCUUUAUGUAUAUGUUUGAUGGUACAGUCAGACCUCAGUUCCCAAACGGCUCCGUUUUGGAAUGUUUCGGCUGGCUCCCGGACACCAAAAAUCCGGAAGUAAAUGUUUCUAACAUUUUCAGAAGCCGAACGUCCAACACAUCUUCCGCUUGAGUGCAGGAAGCUCCUGCAACCAAUCGGAAACCACGCCUCGGUUGUUGAACGUUUUGGAAGCUGAUCGGGCUUCCAGAAUGGAUUACAUUUGUCAACCAAAGUUAGACUGUACUAAAAUAGUGCGGCUUCUUCUGGCUGCUCUUGUCAUACCACACUGCUGUUGCAUCUCCUCCUUGAUAACAUGCAAGAUCGCCUUCCUUGUCCCCAAGCCCCCCCUCUCCCUUUGCACCAUACCUGAUAAGGAUCUCCAUGGUUGUUGGAAGCAGCCCCCCUGCAUUCAGAGGGCAGUACUUUCCAGGGGAUCAGGUUUCACACGCUUUCGCUUUAUGGUCUGGGAAUGAAACCUGACUUGAAAUGCUCCAGAUGUGUGCAGAAAAGUGCUUUCUUUUAUUGACUCGGUGCACUUUGGGAAUGUGCACCAAAGGCUAGAAAUCGCCCCGAGUACACCCAGUUUGCGUACGCAACAAUUACUGCACAACAGACUGAAGAGCAGCAACAAACAUGGGCAAAAAGGAGCAGCGGCGAGCCCUCGAAAGCAGCUACACACCAAACUUUCAUGAGGACCCCUAAGAAAGGGAAGAGAGCAAAUUGUUUCUCAGAAAGGGGCUUUGUGUAAAAUCCUUAGUCUGCCAGUGUCCGCAAUUUUUAUUUUAUUUUAUUUGCCAUUUUUGGUUUGAGAUAUUUGUGUUCUUUUAAAUGCCAUCUUUCCGGGUAAUACUGCAGAGUUUCUGUUUGUCUCGUGCAUUUUGAUGUGCUAACUUGACACUUGUUGGAGAGUUUCCAUGGGAGGGUGAGCAGUUUUCCUUGUGCAUUUGUGAAAUUGCUUGGGUUCUUGCUUGGCAGUUAUUACGAGAGAACUGAAGGCACGUUUUGACUGGGGCUUAAAUAGAAGAUAGGGCUUUGACGUCCAAAGGAUCACAUCUGGCUAGCAAGAAAUAGUGCUGUCUAUUGGAAUUUCAAUAAACGUCUCUUUUAAAGCGCUUAAUAGUAGCAUAGAAUUUCCUUAAGAGUUGUGCAAACGUACUGGGCUGGCCGAAGGAAAACAAAGCGGGUGGUUCCCCCCCCCCCAUACCUAUUUGCGUGAAUUUCAUAGGUCGCAGAAGAAAAAGUGCAAAUAACAGCAUAGUCUCACAAAGUACAGUUUGGACUUCAUAACUAAUCUAACAUUUUGUCUCUCUAAUUAUAACAGGAGCAUUUUAAGGUUGUUUUUCAGGUUUGUGUGAUUUAGAAACCUUCAGGGAAAACUAAUAGUAAAACUCCUAUUUCAAAUAUGCACAAUAUGCAUGAAUCCUAUUAGUUUGUCCAGAUGUUGUUUCUUGUAACUUUUCUCUCUCCAAAAAUGCCUACAAACCUUUUGACCUGAAAUAAUAAUAAAGGAGGGGGAGGACUGGAUAAAUUUUAAUGUCAUGCUAGAAAGUAAUACAUAAUACAAAUGCACAGAAAUGAAUGGGAUAUUAUCUCUGAUUUGCAGAGAUGGAACUGAGAAAUUUGAAUUCAAUUUCACAUGUUGUGCAGCAAUAAAUUAUUGGUGUUUUUUCAAUAGCCCUAAAUCUCCCUCUAAACUCAGUGAAGGCUUAAAAAAAAAUCUGACAAUAGAACUGAACUCUACUUUCAUAUAUUAAUUAAUCUGUGCCCCAGUAUCUUAAUUCUUUAAAAACUUAUACAGAUUUGGUCUCCUUAAUAUCAGUGGAACUAUAUGCAAGUGCAUAUUUUUAAGAAUCAAGGAUUUAAAAUACACAAUUUUUUUAUUAUUUUGCAAGAAAUGCUAUAUGAACGAAUGUGUUCCCUUGAGCAGCUAUUGCCUGGGCAAAUGUGUUAAAUGGGCUGCUUUCUAGCACUCCAUAAUGCAGGAAUACUCUGCAGCUGUUUAACCAAGAUGAGAGUUUUGGUUUUUCUUCCCUUUGUUCACUGGCUUGAAAGAGACAUUUGUGAAUGCCAAGUUCAUUUUGCAUAUGUAUGCUUUCUGUUUUUUGUCAGUGGUGACGUGAUAUGGAGAGUACUUUAUAAAUGUUUAUUAGCUGAAAAAUUCCUACAUAAUGUGAAGCAAAUACUUAAGGAACAGUGUACAAUAAGGUUCAUAUGGAGAAAUUGGUAGUUAAACCUGUAGAAAGACCUACAUUAGUUUCUUUUUACUUUUUUAAAUAUAAAUUAAAGCCAAUAAUGAUUAGAGACUGUUCAGUUAGCACAUGUUUCUCUCAGGCAGAUUUAUCACUUUUUAGGGAAAGCUUUUUGCAAAACAUUAUCCAAAUGAAGAUAUAAAAUUCCUUUCUAUAUUACAAUGCCCUCAGUACUGAACAGCCUUUCAGGGCACAGCUCUGAAUAAAAUCCUCACUUUUAAUCUGCCGUUAAUGUACUAAUCCCGUGCUUUCAGAUUUAAUUACCGCAUCCAGUUCACGCAAGAGUUUGAUUAUUUCAUUUAUUAGAAAUUAAGCAUUGCUCUUGGUGGCUUUACCUGCAGUGAUGAAAAGAACCUCCUGCUUAAAUGCAGAUAAAAGUUAAGUGCUGCUCUGCAUGUGCAAAGUGCCUUUGCCUCCUCUCGCCAUAGGCAACCACAAGCAGCAACCAUAUUUCUUGGGACUGGGGUAGUGGCUCCCCAAACAGGGUGGACAGAACAGCUGGAGCGCGCACAAAGCCCCAAAGAAAUUCAAGAUCUUCAUGGCAGUAAUGAACUCUUCCUCAGUCAGCAAAGAUCUGUUUCAGAAGAGAUUCAGUGGGGAGGGUUUGAAGUUUAAGGAUCUAGAGAUUUAAGAUGUGUGAUGGCAACAGCAACUGCUUGCCUGCCUAUUGCAUCUGAUUGGGGGUCUUGGAGGGGCCCCACUGAAGGUCUGGGCCCUUGGCCAUUGCCCCACCUGGGCACUCUCUAGCAUUGGGCCUGACUGGGACGGUUGCUAAGUAAUUGUCAUUCUUGUGGCUCAUUGGAUUAACAGCAUCCUGAACUAGGAUGGUUGGCUUGGUCACAAUUGUUCUGCAGCAGUUUAAUUCCAAAAUUAAAUGCAGCAGUCGGCGGCACGGAGCGUGGGCUGUGUUUGAUCAGCGUAAUUUUUUCGGCACUUCUCCAUAGAUGUGUGGGAAAACUAAGUUGCUGUUGCUGUCUGGUGGUUGUAAGGUGAAAAAGUGAGGGACGUGGGUGGCAUUGUAGUCUAAAUCACUGAGCCUCUUGGGCUUGCCGAUCAGAAGGUCGGCGGUUCGAAUCCCCUUGAUGGGGUGAGCUCCCGUUACUCGGUCCCAGCUCCUGCCAACCUAGCAGUUCAAAGGCACACUAGUACAAGUACAGAAAUAGGUUAACGGCAUUUCCGUCACGGUGCUCCGUUGCGCCAGAAGCGGUUUAGUCUAAGGUUACCAUAUAUAUUUUUUAAUGAAUCCGGGGACACUUUUCAACUUUAAUGGAUUUUGUAUGAGGGCUGAUUUGUAAAUCCAGGGACUGUCCCCGGAAAAUGGGGACGUCUGGUAACCUUAGUUUAGUCAUGCUGGCCACAUGACCUGGAAAGCUGUCUGUGGACAAACGCCGGCUCCCUCGGCCUGAAAGCAAGAUGAGCGCCGCAACCCCAUAGUCGCCUUUGACUGGACUUAACCUUCCAGGGGUCAUUUACCUUUACCUGUAAGGGUAGGGGCCACUUGCCACACAGUGUCUACUGCGUCUCUAAUAACGUGGCAGACAGCUAUGCCUUCCAUGGGCAUCAAGUAAAUCACUUGAGAGAGAUAGGAUGUUGCCUUUGAUAGGCAUUUGGCCUCAAUUAGCAACACUCUCCUGAAAUAUUUGAGUAAGCACUUCAAAUGGCCAUCCAUUGGAAUAGCACGAUUUAAAAAACAGUAAUAAUUGAGCCUGUUUCCUUUUAAACCUGCAUCCUCGUUUCUGAUCGUUUAGCACUAUUUCCAGCACAUUUUGCAAUUUAUCUCAGCCCCUCUGUCUGUGCCAAAAUGUCUUGGGGGCUGCACUUGUUCUUCUGGGUAGGGGCUGGAACACAGUGGUAGGACACGAGCUUUUGCAUGCAGAAGACGUUCAGCUUCUAUGCCUGACAUUUCUCCGUAAAACUAAUCUUGGGUCCCAGAGACCUUGGAGUGUUGCUGAGGGAGAUAGUAUUGGAACUAGACAGACCAGUUGGUCUGAUUGAGUACAUUUACUUCACCUGUAAAGUUCGCUUUACAGCAGGAUGAUAAAAAAAACAAACUGGGUGAUAUUUCCUGGGAGCCCACAAUUACUUUGCACAGCAAACAGUUUCAGUUGAUUCUUUUCUUCUUCUUCUUCUUCUUCUUCUUCUUCUUCUUCUUCCUUUUAAAAAACACCUCCCCAAAACACCAGAGGCAUAGAUACUAAUGGCAAGGUUUGUUUAGUUUAGAUCAUGCGGCAAUAGCUAGCUUGAUUUUUUGUAGUGAUUUUCUGUUUGGUGCACCCUUUCUAAGUAAUUCCCUAAUGAGCUGAGUGCCUUGCCUGCCAAAUAUGAAAAAUGACAGAUUUUGGAAGCUGCUUUGGCAAAGAAUUGAAGUUUGAAAUAUCCACAUACCACUUACCUUUAUUAUUUUAACUGUCUUUGCGACCCAUUGGAAACACAUUUUGAUAACACUUGCGGUGCUGUGAGCACAUCUUACUUGCGUCUUGUGUGCAGGGUAGGGGUUACAGUAGAAACCAUGAUCUGGAAAGCCUUAUGCCAAAGUAAUCAUAUGCAAACAGUGAUUUUGUUUAUGUAGCUCAGCUUAUCUAAAACCUUGGGAUGUUUCCUGGGCUAUUUUGAUCAACGAGAUAGUGCUAGGUUGUGAAAGUUAGCAUAUAGAAGACCACACAUGCAGUUUGGUAUCAAUUCAGAUAAUCCAUAGGGUUCAUAGCACUGGAAUUUCUAAUAUUGUAUCUGUUUUAAGUGCACAAUUUCCAGACUUUGCAAAGAAGAGCAGACAAUUUUUACAGCCAUUCUAUGAAAAUACAGCACUGUCCAGAACUGUCCUUACAAAGGCCAAACUCUAUUUUGCACAGGAGAUCUGUGAUCGAUCUCCCAUCUCUCUCCCUCCCUCUCUCUCUCUCUCUCUCUCUCUCUGAAAUGUGACGGUAAAGGUAAAGGGGCCCCUGACUAUUAGGUCCAGUCGUGACCGACUCUGGGGUUGUGGCGCUCAUAUCGCUUUAUUGGCCGAGGGAGCCGCCGUACAGCUUCCGGGUCAUGUGGCCAGCAUGACUAAGCCGCUUCUGGCAAACCAGAGCAGUGCAUGGAAACGCCGUUUACCUUCCCGCCAGAGCGGUACCUAUUUAUCUACUUGCACUGGUGUGCUUUCAAACUGCUAGGUUGGCAGGAGCAGGGACUGAGCAACGGGAUCUCACCCUGUUGCGGGGAUUCGAACCGCCGAGUACUGUGUACUGAGCCUCAGUUGAGGAAGAAGAGGUGUGUGCUUAAACCUUUCGGUUUCCCCAAUCAAAAUCCUGCUCUUUCCUCUCCAAAGCUGCUAUUUGCCCUUUGAGGAAAACAAAAGCAUGUUGAUACCUUCAAAAAAGAGAGAGGCUGCUGUUUUGUCAUGUCGACGUGUAAUAGUUGAAGCAAACUUAGUAGCUGCAAGUGAAAACUCCCGCUUAUGUGUUGUUUCAUGCGCAAGAGGUAGACUUUUUCUUACGCCAACCUAGCACAUAGUACAUGCAAAGUGCCUUCUGCCCAUUCCUCCUAUUCUUUUCUCACAGUUCCCAGCUUUCUCUACAGGCUACUGCCAUCUGUCUGGUCCGGAAAAAGCAGCUGUUCCAAGUCCCUUCUCUGAAAUAGGGGAAGGUAACUGACCUUUUUUGUAAUUAGUAAAAAAGUGCUGCUGAUCUUGUAGGGCAAUCACAGCUGCCUUCCAGAAGCUGGGAGAGAGUCAGGAUAUGCCAACACUGGUGGUUGCAAAGGCUGCAAAGAAUGGUGCAGUACUCUGUUGUAAGGGCCGGAGAUGUGACUGCUCUUAAUCUGUACUGCUGUUUCUUACUCUGAGAGAGUAAGGCGGGUUGGGAAUAGGAAUAUACUUUGGUGAUGGGUUGGGAACAUAGUUUGCCACGACUAAUUGCUGACAAUGGGACAGGACACUUGCUGUUGACCCUGAUGAGCAGGCAAGUGGCCAGUUGAACCUCUGUUUUAUCCAGUUCUUAAACAGCAAAGAUUUAAUAGACUUAGGGGGUAUAGUAAGAUUUCCUAGAAGAAACCAGAGGCCUUUCUCCUGGGCAUAGUCGGUCAAUCGGUGUUAAAGAAGGACAGAACUUUCUUUAUGUAUGCUACAACAGCAGCAAGAAUACUUAUUGCAAAGCACUGGAAGACACAAGACUUACCCACACUGGAGGAAUGGCAGAUGAAAUUGAUGGACUACAUGGAAUUGGCGGAAAUGACUGGCAGAAUCCGAGACCAGGGAGAAGAGUCGGUGGAAGAAGAUUGGAAGAAAUUUAAAGGCUAUUUACAGAAAUAUUGCAAAAUUAAUGAAUGUUAGAAUGAUGUUGGAUUGAAGUUAAGUGGUUUCUAGCUGUACUGGUAUAAAAGAAUAUGGAAAAAUUGGUUUUUAAUACGUAAAAAUCUAAUGUUAUAAUAUAUCAACAGUAAAGAUCAAGAUUAAAAAGGAGGGAAAGGAAUUGCUGGACUAACAAAUUGAAUUGGAAUACAAAAGAGGGAGGUAUGAGGAGGUCCGGGAAACAAGUAAAUGUUAGAGAAGCGAUGAAAAGAUGGAAUUGUUUUUAACUGUUUUUUCUUUUUUGUACUUUGUAUUUUUCUUUCUUUAUUGUUAUUUUUCUUAUUAAUGUAAUCUUUUUCUUCUGGAAUUUUAAUAAAUAUUAUUAUUAUUUUUUUUAAAAAGGAAGAUUUCCUAAGCCCAUUUAGAUCUGGAUUGGGUGCCAUAUAGAUGGUAAGUUAUUUAAAAGAAAGCCCUUGAAAGUUCCAGGUUCCACUGUACCUGUGGAGGAGAGGAUAUCUGGAUAGGGCCAUUGGUUAGAGCUGGCAUGGCCAAACUUGGCCCUCCAGCUGUUUUGGGACUACAGUUCCCAUAACCCCUACCACUAGUCCUGUUAGCUAGGGAUGAUGGGAGUUGUAGUCCCAAAACAGCUGGAGGGCCAAGUUUGGCCAUGCCUGGGUUAGAGCAUAACUCCAGGGUUGCAGGUUUGAUCCCCAUAUCGGACAUACCGUAUAUACUUGAGUAUAAGCCGACUUCUUCAGCACAUUUUUUAUGCUGAAUUUUUAAUGGCUUAUACUCGAGUGAGGCGGGCAGCGGCGGAGGGACGAGUGGCCCGAAAGGAGCCCUUUUGGGCUGCUCCUUCCUCUUCCUCCGCCUUUGCUGCUGGUGGCGGCGGAGGAACGAACAGCCUGAAAGCUGCCCUUUGGGGCUGCUUGUUCUUCCUCCCCUGCUGCCGUCACCACCAGGUUUGUGGUGUGGUGAACCGGCUUAUACUCGAGUCAAUAAGUUUUCCCAGUUUUUUGUGCUAAAAUUAGGUGCCUCGGCUUAUAUUCAGGACCGCUUAUACUCUAGUAUAUACGGUAUUCCUGCAUUGCAGGGGUUAGGACUAGAAGAUCCUCAGCGUCUCUUCCAACUCUACAAUUCUAUGAUGUAACUUACCUGCUAAAAUAAUUCAUGCAAAGUAUGAAAGACAAUUUGUGGUGGCAAAAAAUGUGAUGUUGCCUGCUCCGAGCACUGUAAGCUAUAGGAAUACAGUACUUUGCUUUCAAACUGUGAUGUUCCUGAGAUGCUACUUUUACCAGCCCCAUGAAGUGCCGUGUAAUAUAUUCUUUCACAUCCAUUUGAAUGAUACAGUUUCCCAAGUACAACUUCCUUGAAUUUUAAAAACCAAAAGGCAAGUGGAAAAUAGUGGUGCUCACGACCCCACAGAAUAUGGCAUCAGGACUUGCUAACAAAGAAAUAAACAUGCUGGUUCUAAGACCAAAAAUAGCUCCCACAGAUAACGUUCCUUGAUUAACUCUUCCCUGAGUUACAGAAAGGAAAGACGGUGCUGUGAUAGCGUUGCAAAAGCUUCUUGCAUAGUAAAAUAAUCUUGAAAUAUAGGUUCCACCCCUGCCACUCACCCACAUGCACACAUCUCAGUUUUGGAGUAUUUCUGGAACUGAAGGAGUAUUUUCGGUCCGUGUGGACAGAAUUUUUUGACAAGGGAAAAUUUGAAAUCUGGUUGUUCUGGAGAUGUCUUGUCUCUUCUCCGCAUACAUAUUUCAUUUAGGAAAAGUGUGUCACGUAUUUCUAGAGCGUUAACAUGUGAUGAUGACCCCUCAUGUAUUUAUUUAUUUUUUUACUACAUAGGGUUUACAUCUGUUUCCUAAAUGGAAGAGCUUUUGCAUAGAAAAUUAAUCACGUUUGAAGUGGCCCAGAAAAAUGCUUUAUAAGGCAGAGGGAAGUGGCAGUGUGUUUUAAUUAUAAUAGUGCUUAGCUGUAGAAGAUUAGUUUGCAAGGAUGCUAAAAUGAUGUGGUCAUAAAAGUAAUUAUAUCAGUCUUAUAGUCUACCACAAGGGGUCAUUUAAUCAGAGGUUUCUGAUCCAUCUCAUUUGUGUGUGUGUGUGUGUGUGUGUGUGUGUGUGUGUGUUUGUGUGUGUGUGUGUGUGUGUGUGAGAGAGAGACAGAGAGAGAGAACAUAAUUUUAAUCUGAAUUUAAAUAAUCCACUGUAAUUUAUUCUACUUACAUGUUAAAUGUUUAGAAAAGCCACAUUUUGGCCAUUCUUCCUUUCCAUCAGUAAUGCUGGACAGAAUAUUUAAACAAUCAAAAAUCAGGGUGAAAUAGUUGCUUUUACCAAGUGGUGUUCUUUAUAGAGAAGAAAUAAUGGGGUUUCCCUCUGCUCUGUCAGUGAACUUAUUCUUGGUCAACUUUCCCGUUUUCUUUUAAUCUCCUGGAUCAAUCUGACUUUACCACAGGUGGUGCAAACCAGCUGUGGGUCAGAUUAAAUAAUCUAAUGGGGUGGAUUGUAUCUGUAGCCACACACUUGUGUCUUUUCUUUCCAGUUGACAGAGCACAGGAUAGUGUCUGACUGUUGAUUUUAACCGGCUCUCUUUCUUACUGUUUAUUUCACCUUUUCACCAACCCAAGAACAAUAUUGCGAUUUUUGUUUAAGAUCACGUAGAUCCACACAAACUUUACCUUUCUGUUGCUUCAGGCUGGAGAGACUCUCAUGAAGCUCUGUGAGCACGCUUGCCUAUCUGCAGAUAUUUUUGUGUCUACUGCACUUUCGGUUUGUGGUUGAUGACUACAUUGUGAGAAGGUUUCAGGUCUGCCCCCCUCAAUUUAACUAGUGUUAGAUCGCCAGCGGAGUGGCUCUAUUCAAAAUUGGAUUUGUUCCUAAUCUCUUCUUACCAAUAAAUUUGCAUUCUUUCAAAUACACAUUUCAGAGACGGAGCAUUUCAUAUUUUUGUUGCUUUACAUUAAUCACAGUUGUGGGGUUCUUUUUAAUUGUUGCGCCUUAAACCCACAUCUGCAUCGGAAAAAGCAACUGCAAAGAAAUAUAGUGGAUUCAAGACCUUUCGGGACAGACUGGAAGGGUUCGUUGUGAACAGAACUUAGAGUGGAUGGAACAAGUUGGAUUUUGGGAUGUUGACGGUUGCAGAGAAUUCAAAACUGGUUUUGUCCCCAGCCUUCAUAAUCUCAUAGCUUUUAAAUAGACCUUGGUGUUGAGGCAAAGGGAGCUGAGCUUUUCUUCACAGUUUCUAGCCCAUUUCCUCCCUUCCCCCAGCUGUGUAUUUUAUCUGAUAAAAUGGUGGUCAGUCAAAUGCAGGUAAAAGGUAAAAGGGACGCGGGUGGCACUGUGGUCUAAACCACAGAAGCCUCUUGGGCUUCCCGAUCAGAAGGUUGGCGGUUCGAAUCCUUCUCUGGGAAAAACCACUAAUAUCUCUAUAAGAGAUACAUUAUGGUUUUCCAUUUAAUAUCUGAAUAAAUAUAUCACACAAACAUGCAUGAAGCAGUCUUCCACAAAUAAGUAUUGCAAAUACUAUAUUGUGUCUUUCCAUUAGCAUAUAUGCUUUCACUAUAAUGGGCUAAUAUAAAUAUUGCCUAAUUAGACAAUUUAAUGCCAGAUCUUGUGUGCUUGUUUGUAGGCAUAAGCAUGCAGCUUAAAAUGGCAUCUAAAACACAUAAUGAUCGUGUUCUCAAAAUGAGAAAUUGUAACCUGUCUUAAGGAUUUGAAUCCUUGAGAAAAAGCUUACAGACAUCACCUUAAAAUUACCUACUUUUUAAGUAUAUCAAUGUGGAACACAAAUGCCAGUUUCAUUCUUGGAAAGCUUCCUAGUUUAGCUUAUCUAAAGCAUGUUGAAAAUACAACUUUUUUUUUUUUAAGUGUCUUGGUCUUUGUAAACUUUUGCACACUUCUAACUCUUUUUAACCUAAGGAUAUAUUUUUAAUUGUUGCUGAUUUAUAUACGUAGAAACAGCAGCAGCAGCAGCAAAAACCAUGAGGUUGUAAUUAUGACUUAAAAGAGUCCGGGUUUGGUGCUGUUGUGCCAUUAAUGAAACAGACAGAAACAGUUGUCUGUCAUGCUGCCGUGACAUAUAACAGCAGGCAGUGACAACUUCUGCCAGUGCUUAAAUACUGGCCAGCAACAUUUUUAACUGUCCCUUACAGGCAAAUCUAGGAAUUUUCCUUUGUCUCCAGUCCUUUUUGCAGGGAAUCAGUAUGGCAAAUAUGGGGUUAUAGAUUCUCUCCCUCCUAUGCUAAGAGCUUCAUGUCUGAGCAGGAAUUUGAACUCCAGUCUUUCCUGUCCAAAAUCCAGCGCUUUCUUUGCAUUGAUGUCACAUUAUAUUGUAUGCCUGUGCUGAGAAGACAUAAGCCUUUAGCAGAAUAGAGGAAGCUCUGAACCUACAGAGGUUGUUGGCCUCAAAAUUCCCAUUAGCCUCAACUAAUACCUCCAGUGGCCAGGGAUGAUGGGGACUGUAGUUGCAACAGGAGAGCUACAGGUUCUCAGCUCUGCUUUAGCCCUUGCUUAAAAUGUCUGCCUGCCAUUUUCUAGAAGUGAAAUCCACAAGGUACCAGGCUUAGUCACACAGAGGACUGUGGCUUGCAAUGUUGAUCACUUGCAUUCUGUGGUUCUGCUUCAACCAGCCUCUGCUAGUGCACCAUUUAGGUCAGGCAUAGGCAAACUCGGCCCUCCAGAUGUUUUGAGACUACAAUUCCCAUCAUCCCUGACCACUGGUCCUGUUAGCUAGGGAUUUGUAGUCCCGAAACAUCUGGAGGGCUGAGUUUGCCGAUGCCUGACUUAGGUUGAUUCUAAACAACAAGACAUUGUGUUAAUGUUAAGGAUGGUGCUGUGGUCUAAACCACUGAGCCUCUUGGGCUUGCCAAACAGAAGGUUGGCAGUUCGAAUCCCCACGAUGGGGUGAGCUCUCAUUGCUCUGUCCCAGCUCCUGCCAACCUAGCAGUUUGAAAGCACACCAGUGCAAGUAGAUAAAUAGGUACCGCUCAAGCGGGAAGGUAAGCGGUAUUUCUGUGUGCUUGUCCUCCGUGCACCAGAUGAGGUUUAGUCAUGCUGGCCAGAAAGCUGUCUGCUGACAAACGCCGGCUCCCUCGGCCUGAAAGCAAGAUGAGCGCCGCAACCCCAUAGUCGCCUUUGACUGGACUUAACUGUCUAGGAGUCCUUUACCUCUUUUUUUUUUAACCUACAUAAAUUUGACAUGUGCUUCUCAUAUAUACAACUGACAGGCAGAUAGCUGAGUGUCUUUUUAACUUACUACUUUUCCUUUUUUUAUUCCUUUACUAUUUUAUUACGCCUUUAAUAUUUUUAUAUCUGUGUUAUCUUUUCUUUUCCUUUAUUGCUUUGUGCUUGCUUCUGCCGUGCUCUGCUGCUUUGUGGGGGGUUUUUUUUUAAUCCUCCACUCAGGGUUAAUGAAGGGUUUGCAUACAGAUGAAGCUGUCGGAUGGUUGGCAAAGGACCCUAUGUGAGAGGCAGGCAAGGGAAGCUCUCCCAGGUGAGAUCUGAAAGGGUUCACAUCUUUCCAGGUGGGACAAGUUAAGAUCUACCUAUGAGAGAGGACUUUCCGUUAUUUUUGUUUAGAAGAAGAAGAAGAAGAAGAGUUUGGAUUUGAUAUCCCGCCUUUCACUCCCCUUCAGGAGUCUCAAAGCGGCUAACAUUCUCCUUUCCCUUCCUCCCCCACAACAAACACUCUGUGGGGUGAGUGGGGCUGAGAGACUUCAAAGAAGUGUGACUGGCCCAAGGUCACCCAGCAGCUGCAUGUGGAGGAGCGGAGACUCGAACCCGGUUACCCAGAUUACGAGACUACCGCUCUUAACCACUACACCACACUGGCUCUAGAUUAGUGUGUGUUUUUUAUUGUGUUGUACUAUGAAAGGUCUUAAUAAAAUCUGAUUGGGGGGAAAUUACAUAAAUUGGCGUGUGCUAUAGAAGAGUUUUGAACUCCUUGAUGCAUGAAGCUGGGAUAGCUCAGUCGGCAGAGCAUGAGACUUUUAAUCUCAGGGUUGUGGGUUCGAGACCCACGUUGGACUAAAGAUUCCUGUAUUGCAGGGGGUUGGACUAGAUGAUCUUUGUGGUCCCUUCCAAUUCUACAGUUCUGUGAUUCUGUGAAGCAUCGCCCAUUGGUCAAAGGAAGAAGGAGCUGUCUUUUACUGAGCCAAACCUACGGAAAUGGUGGGGAAGCUUCAUUUUCCCUCAGAGUGACUUGGAAGUGGCUUGUUCCCUAUUUAAGGACAAACCGGAUGUUACUUCAUCGCAUGUGCUGGAAUCAUAGAAUUGUAGAAUUGGAAGGUACCCUCAGGAUCAUCUAGUCCAACCCCCUGCAAUUCAGGAAUAUUCAGCUGUCCCAUACGAGGAUCGAACCUGCCACCUUGCUGUUAGCAGCACCACGCUCUAACCCAGGCAUAGGCAAACGCAGCCCUCCAGAUGUUUUGGGACUACAACUCCCAUCAUCCCUGACCACUGGUCCUAUUUGCUAGGGAUGAUGGGAGUUGUAGUCCCAAAACAUCUGGAAUGCCGAGUUUGGGGGUGCCUGGUUUAACAGCUCCUGUAAGUGUCCCCCGCCCCCCACCUUGAAUACUACAGUGGCACCCUCAGGUUACAUACGCUUCAGGUUACAGACUCCGCUAACCCAGAAAUAGUACCUCGGGUUAAGAACUUUGCCUCAGGAUGAGAACAGAAAUUGUGUGGCAGUUGGAGGCCCCAUUAGCUAAAGUGGUACCUUUGCCUAUGCCUGAUCUAACCAACUGAGUUAUCCAGACAGUUUAGCUUUGGUUUGCUUAGUUUCUUGUCUUGCCGUUGGUUUUGCAUGGUUUUUGGAGAGGUGAAAUACACAUUUACAAAAUAAAACAUCCAGCCUGAGUUAAUGGGGUCUGAAUCACUCAGGUGGCUGCAAGCAACCUCUUCCCUUUCCACAGCAUCCCUGCAGCCAUUGUCUGUGAAACCCCGAGCCUUGGUUAUUUAAGAGACAUAUUACUAUCUGCUCUUCUAGUUUGAUUAUACAAAAGAGUAAAGAUUUACAUGAUGAAACCACCAGGAAUGUUAAGGGGAACAAGUAUGCAAUAAUUUUGUGAUCAAAAGGAACGUUCCUCACUAUUAAAAUUCUGAAGGCACACGAAAUAUGAGGUUCAAAGUAGGAUUCUAAUAUGCAAGUUGGGAUACUGGGCUUUGACACUCUCUCUUUCUUUUUGUGCUGAUUGAAGAAGACUGCUCACUCUGCUCAAAAGACAAGGUAAACUAAGAAUAAAUAUCAUUUAAAAAAAAAAAAGACAAGGUAAACUAAGUUUGAUGCUUUCUGAGACCAUGGUUAUCAUGUCAGGGAGUUUAAAAUAUUUGUGAUCUUGGAUGCUUUAGAGUGCCUUUUAUGUACACUCUAGCAUUUUUACGAUUCUUGCCUUCACAGGAGCUUAAUGAAACUCAGUCCCGUUCCCUGUGUAUAGUAAAUGGUGAUAUGCUCCGAUUCACUUCAUUUCCUUACUGAUGAGAUUUAUUCUCCUUAUUUCAAAUUGCAAGAGUUGCUGAAUGCACUAUGCUGACUCAUAGUUUUGAUUUUGAUUUCGGCGCCGUGUUGUUGUUUUUUCUGGUGGUUUGUUUUGUAAUCGCCUUAGUCAUGUCAAUAAAAAAGCUGUUCGGCUUCUGAGGUUUUUGUCGAGUUAAGCCUAGGCUUUGCCAAUGAAUCACUGAAAAGGUGUGAUGUCAAAAAUCUCUUGUGGGAUUGCGGUUCUUGAAAUGCGCAGUGGAGAUUUCAACAGGUGAGGUGGGCUAAAUGAACAACUCUCUUUUUUAAAUCUCUGCCCAGGCUGGUGCACAAGGAGGAUCGCCUGCCUCCAGCCUGCUUGUGUAACACUGUGCCCUGUGCUUGUGUAACACUGUGCACACUCACCUUCCCAGACAGGCAGAGAAGCAAAUCUGUGAAAGUAGAGCUAUACUGUGGUACCUCAGGUUACAUAGGCUUCAGGUUACAGACUCCGCUAACCCAGAAAUAUUACCUCAGGUUAAGAACUUUGCUUCAGGAUGAGAACAGAAAUCGUGCUCCGGCGGCACGGCAGCAGCAGGAGGCCCCAUUAGCUAAAGUGGUGCUUCAGGUUAAGAACAGUUUCAGGUUAAGAACGGACCUCUGGAACGAAUUAAGUACUUAACCUGAGGUACCACUGUAAAGCCAAGUGAGAAGCAGUGUUAGAAAUCCCCCAGGCACCAGGUGCGUUUUAUGACUUGUGCAGGUCCAAUUGUGACCACGUGGAGAUCUCUGGAUGCCAGAUUAGCGUCGUCUCCACUUGGCUGGCCCCUCCAGCUUUCUUAAGAUGGUAAGCAGAAUAGCUUAUUUAUUGCAUUCAUACCACAUCUUUUUCUUCAAGGAGUUCAUAGUUCACCCCCUCCUCCAUUAAUCCCUGAGGUAGGGGUAAGAGACUGCGACUGGUCCAAGGACACGCAGUGAUCUUCAUGACUGAGUGGGGAUUUGAACCCUGAUCUCCCAGGUCCUAGUCUGACACUCUAACCCAGGCAUAGGCAAACUCAGCCCUCCAGAUGUUUUGGGACUACAACUCCCAUCAUCCCUGACCACUAGUCCUGUUCUUGCUAGGGAUGAUGGGAGUUGUAGUCCCAAAACAUCUGGAGGGCCGAGUUUGCCUAUGCCUGCUCUAACCACUACACCACACUGGCUUCCUAGAGUACUUCUGAUAUGGGGCAGCUAUAGAAAUAUAGUAGGUAAGUAAAUAUGAGGAAAGCAAAAUGUCCCUUAGGAAAGGAUCUGAAGUCUUUUCCUUGAAGCUUGAAUUUGUUUCAUUCUGUAUUGUUUCAUUUGAUGUUUUAAUGUGUUGUAAAAUGCUUUGAAGUUUUUUUAUUUAAAAUAUAAAGUGGUAUAGAAAUGCGAUGAUGAUGAUGAUUAUAUUUCACUAGGAAUGAAAAAGUGGCACCUAGACAUUCCGCUGUGGUGGCCAUGAGCGUAAGGUGCCAUUUGGCAAUUAAUUUAUACAGUCGUACCUUGGAAGUCGAACGGAAUCCGUUCUGGAAGUCCGUCCGACUUCCAAAAUGUUUGGAAACCAAAGCGCGGCUUCUGAUUGGUUGCAGGAAGCUCCUGCAGCCAAUCAGAAGCUGCAGAAGCUCCAUCGGACGUUCGGGUUCCAAAGAACAUUCGCAAACUGGAACACUCACUUCCGGAUUUGCGGCGUUCAGGAGCCGAAACAUCUGAGUACCAAGGGGUUCGGGAUCCAAGGUAUAUAUAAGGUUCUAAUACCGAUGAGCAGCCAAAAUAGUACUGGGUAGUUAGGGUCUGGUGGCUCUCAGAAACAGCUCAAUCGCCCUGCCUUUUCCUGGAACUGCUGGGAUCCAGAGUUGGUGUGCGACUUGUCUCUCCCUUCCCAGUAGAGCAGGUGGGCUGCUAAGCACUCCAUCUCUGGACCUCAGCUUUGACUCAGGCCCAUCAGUCUUUCCAUUUCAGAGGUCUUGGAGUGGUUAGGAUGGAGGGUCCAGAAUUAGGAAACGGGGCAUGAAAAGAGGUGGUAGAGUCCCCUCUGUUCAAGCUCCUUUGUGUGGGGUGUCAUUUGGGGGAUGUGGCUUCUGGUAGGGAUCCAUGCCACAGGACGUUGCUUCCUGUUCUCUUUGGAGCAGGUCUGGUCAGGUCUGAGGUUCAACCACUCAUGUGUAAAUCUGUUGAGAACAGAGCAUUGCCUUCUCAGCAUAGGACUGUCUUCUCCACUUUGGUAGAACUCCAUUCCUGUUUACUUUAGGAGCCUGCACCAGGGGAUUGUGGCAAAUGCAAUUGCUCUCAAUAGGCAUGCAUUGCUUCAGUGUUGGGGCCAGCUCUGCACGUAUAUGGUUUCCUGUGUUACGAAAUCAGUUGUGGUAGGAGAACCCGCUUGUGUGGAAGUUGUGUGUGUGUGUGUGUGUGUGUGCAACAGAGCAUGCACAGAUCUUUGGAUUCAACUCUUCCCGGGGCUCGCUCUUUCUUUUGUCUGAUCUGCUUGCCUCAUGCUUGGGAUAAAAGCGAGUCUAGGCAGCUGAGUCAUUUCAUGAGUGCGUUUGGCAAGUUGAAAAACUUUCCCUGGCUGGGAGGUUCACUACGACAGAAGCUAAAGCUUCCUUUUAUCGUGUUUGUUUCUGUUUUUGCAGGGCAGGGACACGGUUGCCAAGGGUCCAGAAUUUGGCUAGCCUUUUGGAGCUCCUGGAGAGCUGCCAGAAUUAGUCUGUGCGUGAUUUCGUUCUUACUUUUGGCCCAUCCCCACCCCCCGGUACACUUAAAAUAAUAAUAAUAAUAAUAAUAAUCUGUGCAAUGCAGCCGAGGCCAAAGGGGUCAGAUUAUUGUGUACGUACAAGUCUGCCCAGUUUGAAAUGGUCACUGGUCGGCACCUUCUAAUUGGGUUCCUGCUGGCUCCAAGCUGUCUCUUCUUGGUCCAGCUGUUCUACCUAUACUUUGGCUGCUGGUGAGGCAGACUUUGAACCUGCUUUCCAGGGCACUCGGUUACAGCAACUUUGCAGUGGAGGUGACAGUGUAUAGAAGAAGGCAACCCUAUUCUCUCCCCUGAGUUGGCUCUGGCAGCCUGCCCACCCUUGAAAUGACAUGAUGGGCCAAACAGCUUCAAGAAUGCAGAGCAGCAGUGCUGAUAAAGUCCUUCCCUGUGCCCAGGGUGAAUUUGAUUUAAAUCACAAUUUAAAUCACUAGUCAGUAAGACUUGCUUUAAACCAUUUUUUUUUUUACAGAAAGACUCAUUCUUGCUGGUAUCGUCUUAAUAUUUACAACCAGAGAAAGGUUUCAUUUUUGGAAUAAUGAAUUUUCAGAGUAGUUUUUACAGUUAUAUAUCAAAAAUUACUGGUUUGGUUAUACUAUUAGAAAUACAUAGACUGAUAAUUAUGAAAUUAUUGUGAGGUUUAAUAAGUGUUUAUAUUUGGACAACUUUUCUGCUGUACUUUAUUGGAAGGAGAAAAAUAAUCAUUUCCUUAAUAACAAUUUAAACAGUUUAUUUAACUAAAACAAUAACAUUAUAGCGUAUGUAUCCAUGUUUGUUAACUGAUGUGGUUAAACUUUUUUUAAAAAAAGACUGAGUUUUAGUACACAUGAAAAACUUCAAACAAAUCCUUAUUUCCUGAUGAAUAGCCUUUGGACUGCAAUGUAACUUAAAGAGAAAACUAUCUUUAGAAAUAUUUUUUCCUCCGUAAGCAUUUUAUUUUAAAAAUCCAAUUUAAAUUUUAAAAAAUGAUUUAAAUUUUUUAAAAAAUAAAAAACCCAUUAAUUUUUAUCCACCCUGCCUAUGCCUAAGAGAGGCAGAGAGAGCAAGUCCCUUCUGUCAGUCAAGUGUCUUUUGAUCUGUGUAUAUUGCCCUGUGCCCUUUCCGCUCCAUGCUUCCUGUCUCUAAGGCCUGAAUCUUGUAUUAUCUGUUUCCUUACACCAGCUAGGUUUGGGGUUGGUUGUGGUUAACGGUGCUUUUCUGCAGCUUCCUUAGACCAAGUCCCGGUCUGUCCGUCCCUGCAAGUCUCUGCAUUUCCCCAUUAGUUACUUUUAGUGUUUUCUAAAGUGCCUUCUAAAGGCUUAAUUCCUGCACAAUAUGCUUACAUGUACAUGUCUGUAUGCAUGGUCUGUACCUGAGCUCACUAGUUAUUUCCUCUGCAUGUGCUUCUAAGUUUUUCUGUGGUAUUUGUGACAGCCCACCCUUUUCUAGGGGUAGCAUUCAGCCCACAUUUGUUUGUUUGUAUACAUGAGCAACAAGACAAAAAGAGCAAUACUGGCCUUUUUGAUAAACAUCAGAUAUAUUCAGCUUUCACUACACUGCAGCAUAAAAAAUGGCCAGUUAUACAAAAUUCCAAAAAAUGAGCAUGUUCACGCUUUUGUUCGUAUUGCUAAUAAAGUAUGCAGUUUUAUUCAUCUAUGCAGUACCCUCAUAUAUGUCACUUUAAACAAAAUGACAUUGUCCUUGAAACUUGUACUUUUCCAAGUUGUCAUCACCUGCUAGUUACUGCAGAGGCUAGUGGUUUUCUGUUCUGUUACCUUAAUAGUAAAAGAAACAUUAGAGUUUGGAAAUAGCUGAGCUUGCUGUCUGGAGUCAAGACUAUGAAAUCAAGGCAAGAAACUAUUUGCUCAAAAAUGUUCAUGGUUGCUAAAGGUGUUUGUAUUAUUUCAAGGAGUAGCAUGUUUGUCCACACACAGCCCAUUUAAUCAGUGGCCCAAAAUUAACAGGAAUUCCUAAAGCACAAUCUUAGAUUCCUGUGAUAAGCACAAGAUAAUGAUAAUUCUUCAAAUUAUCUGUUUUACCCCGCAGUCUUCCAGUAAAAUCAGUAGAUUACUUAAAGUGAAACAGAUAGCUUCAGUUUAUUAAAAGUUAAAACUUUUUCAGAGUUCCCAUAAUUUACACUUGAGCAGUAGUCUGUUUGUCAAUACACUCUUGCAAGGCAAUCUCUUUAUUUUUUUGUAAAUUUGUGUGGAUCUUUGCAUUGGGUCACCCCAAAUUCACCAUCAGAUCACAUAGCAUGUCCAUGGCUAUAGCCUGCACGAAAAAAAAUCACGCACCCACUGUUGCGUGGGGCCGUAGUGGCGCAAAAACGUGGUUACAAAGCACGGAUCCACAUGGAUCCUCAGGAUUUUUGCAUUGCGUCACCCCAAAUUCACCAUCAGAUCACAUGUCUGUGGCCACAGCAUGAACCACAAAAAUCAUACAUCCACUGUUUCAUUCAGAAUAUUUUUUUUCUUGUUUUCCUCCUCUAUAAACUAGGUGCUUCUUAGACCAGUGUUAUAUGGUCUCGCGGCGCCCAUUUGCACUCUCUAUAUUCUGAACCUUAAAAAAAGAAAAGAAAAAUCAAGCCCAAGCCCUUGGCUACUGACUUCUAAAUCAGAUAGGCCUUUUUUUUUAGUUGAGACCAUAUAAAAAUGUACUUCAAAAUGGGUAAUGAAUGCACGUUUUUCAUGCGAAUAUUCUUUCCCCCCCCUUCUGUGUGUGUGUGUUUUCUGUACCAAUUGCUUAAUUUUACUAUAUUUAAAACCGUGUUCCAUUGGCCCUUUCCUAUCUUCGUAUUCCUUUCAGAACAGAGUCUCCGCGAGGUGCUUGUAAAAGCCCUAUAGAGUUGGCUUGUAAAGUGUUGAAUAGAAUCCUAAAACCUGUUAAGAAUUAAUAAGUUGGGGGGGGAGCAAGGGGGCAUGACAGUUAAACUUAAGUACACACUUUUGGGAGAAAUGGCUGCUCUUCUGAAAGAAAGUGAUGAGGGAAGCAAGCACUUUAUAGCGUUGGGUAACUGCCGCAUCUUGCCAUUUUAUUAGAUGGCACUUAAAAUUAUGAAAUUAAUUGCCCAGAGAGCAAAAAAUAUAAGGGGGUGAAGCAGUAAACGUGUUUAAAAAGGUUUGGCUAUUGCAGUUGACAUUUAUGUCAGAGGAUCUCGGAGGAGUGUUAAAACGUACACGUCCUGCUCUUAGAAAAGGCUAUCUCUUGUCGCUCUGCUUCAUUUGUGGAAAGUUUUAAGAGCAGCUGAGAGAAAUUUAAUAUGAGCAAUGAUUAGUUAUCUUUUGGCGCCCGGACAAGACAUCCAUUGUGUAGCUGUUCUCUUAUUGUGAACUUAUGAAAACUACCCUGAAUAUAUUAUGUCGCUUGAAAGCAAGGACUAAGCUUGCCUGCGUGUUGUUGCCUUUUUCAUCUCUUCCUUCCUUUAUAGUGUCGGGGCCGCACUUGCGUUCCGUUACCUCCAGAUGUUAAAAAUGGAAGGGUUGAAGACCAAAAAAAGCAUGUUAUUUCUAUAAGGAAGACAAAAGCUGGCAAUAAUCUGAUAGCAAACGUUCCAUACAUAAGGCGAACAAAACUUUCAGGGUCUUGCGGCCUUUUAAGGAGAGAGUUACAAGUCGCUUAAUUAUUAACAUUAGUGGACUGAGGUUUGGAAAUGAGGGAGGAAGAGUUUUUAUCAGUGAUUAACACUGGAAUUGGAACGAAAUCUAAGGCAUACUAAUAUUCAAUCCAAUUUGUAGUAUCAGUUAAGCAUUCCUAGGGUACCAAAUUAAUAUUGGCACCUGUCUAUCUCAAGAGGCAAUGGAGUGUGCUUCCUGGGGUGAAGCCAAACUGCUGUGCUAGCAGCACCGAAGUGCCCUACUCAGGGCACAAAACUGGGCAGGGUGCAUGGAGGUCUUGGGCUGCCCAGAGGACAAGACCCUCCUCUCGGCUUCGCUGGUAUGGUCCAAAGGAAAAGAAGUUUGGCACCAGCAUGUCUGCAAGAAUUGGCAGAAGGAGGCGUACAAUAUGCCAUCCAACUGUCUUAGGGACUCCACUCUGGAGUUGUAUCAGGUUUCCUCCUUAGCCUUUUCUUCUCCUGAAGAUGUCCUGCAAGGCAGCAGAGGUUUAGGAUCAGAGUUUUCCUUCUCCAAGAUGGGCUACCUUCCCAGGUUGACAAACCCAACCUGACCCUCACUUUCCUCUACAGCAGCCUUUCUCAACCUGUGGGUCCCCAGAUGUUGUUGAACUACAACUCCGAUCACCCCUAGCUAGCAAGGCCAGAGGUCAGGGAUGAUGGGAGUUCUAGUCCCACAACAUCUGGGGACCCACAGGUUGAGAACCGCUGCUCUACAGCAUGUGCAAAAACUGCCUCCUUGACCACUGGACCAACUCUUGGUCUCAUCCAUUCAAUCCACCAGAUCUUCAACAUGCAGGGGAAGUCCCUAAAUCACCAAGGGUUUGAGACCCAUUAUCAGUGUUUGAAAUUUGCCAGGGACAAUUUGAGUUCAGUGGGACUUCCUCCCAGGUGAGAAUGUAUAAGAAAUCAGUGGUACACGGCUUAACGCCCAUUGAUUUUGGUGACUUCAAGCAGUGCUCAGGCAAUAUGCCUGAACAGAAAAUCUCGUGUGUAGGAAGCACAGGGCGGGAUGUUGCUUGGCCCUGUGCCUCCUAUGUAUGCAAAGAGAUUUCCUGAUGAGGCAUAAGGCCUGAACAAGGCUUCCGCCUGGACCCAAUCCAGUGAAAUGCUGUUGGUGCAUUGGGAGCUGCUGUCCUUUGGGUAAACCCUUCUGACACUAGUUCAACCUCAGGUCUCCCUAAAAUAACAUUUCCUGCUCUAUAGUUUUUACAACCACUAGAAAGUCUGCUAGUGCACACCUCCCAUACAAGCGAUAGUGUCAGAAUGCAAGCUUUUUAUUCCCUCCCCCAUCCCGGAAUGUAUUAAUAUUAUAUAUACACCCCCCACCCCACCCACAUAAAUUACACUUUACGUUCUUUAGUAAAAGGAGAUGAUUCCUCUGGUUUUAUUUGGGGUGAGUGUAAUCUUUAUUGGUGUCAACAUUGGCCUGAUUAACACACAGUUACACAACUUGUUAGGCAAGUUUGUCCCAGCACUUCUCAUUCUCAUGACUAAUAGAAGCUUGGCAAGGCAGGAAGAUUUUUUUCAAAGGGGAUCUCUCUGCUUCUAGAAUGUGGCUGUCUUGUGCUUAGCUUAUUAAAAACAAUUGACAGACUUUUCAAUUUUUUUAUACAGUAAGUGAAUGGUGGAGAGAUGAUUCUGGACCUUUUCUUUGUUUCUGGGCAUUACCAAGGGUAAGGUAAAGGUAAAGGGACCCCUGACCGUUAGGUCCAGUCGUGACCGACUCUGGGGUUGCGGUGCUCAUCUCGCUUUACAGGCCGAGGGAGCUGGCGUACAGCUUCCGGGUCAUGUGGCCAACAUGACUAAGCCACUUCUGGAGAACCAGAGUAGCACAUGGAAACACCGUUUACCUUCCCGCCAGAGUGGUACCUAUUUAUCUACUUGCACUUUGAUGUGCUUUUGAACUGCUAGCUUGGCAGGAGCAGGGACUGAGCAAUGGGAAUUCACCCUGUCAUGGGGAUUCAAACCGCCAACCUUCUGAUCCUAGGCUCUAUGGUUUGGACCACAGCGCCACCCGCGUCCCAAGGGUACUUACCGCAUAUUGCAACUAAUACAGGUGUUCCCUGGUCCAAUUUGAUGGCAUCUACCUUCCGUUCAAAUGGGGUGUGAUGGGUAUGUGGCAACUUGAGUGCAUUUGCUGUGGGGGCAUGCCGUAUUCGAUGAAUUAAUAUUCAGUGAGAUUGGCUCUACUAACUUCCUUAUUCGGGCUGUGCCAGUUAGGGUACAGAUUUUGUGUCUAAAUGACUGGCCACAACAUACUCCAAACAGUUCUUUAAGAUCCACAAAGAAUUCCCUUUUCAUUAUUCUGCGAAAGUGACACUUUCAUACUGAAAGCGUUUCCCAACUUUAAAUUUAAAACCCAUCUCCCAGUGCCAUGGCUAGGAGCUCCAGGUGUGUUUAACCAAAACAAACAAAGAUGUUGGGACAUCCAGUCACAAACUAGUGUUGCUUCUCGUUUGGCAUUUAUGUGGAGUGGAUACGGAGUUUUAAUUCGCUUUAUAUAUCCAAACAAUUCAGAUUAAAGUUUUCAUAAUGGAGGUGCAUUCACACAUUAGUUGUGACAUGGAGUCUGACCCAGAAUAUCUGUGGAAGAAUUCUGUGGAGCUUUAAAACUUGCAGUCCUACCAGCGCAGUUGCUACACUAAAAUAGAACAAUGCAGCCUCUUAUCAGUAUUACACACCUAAAGCACCUAAUAUAAUUAGUUAUUGUUCAAAAUUACAUACCAUAAUUAAGAGGCCACACUGUGGGUGUGCUUUUCUAGGUUGUACAAAAAGGACAGGGAGAGGUAGUAGCUGAUGAGAGGAGAUUCACGGAUGGUAUUUUGCUCCUUGACAGUCCCAUACUCAACAGAGCUCAUCUUCUUGUUGUUCUUCAAAAAGCUUUGCUGAUUCUGUGUGUGUGACUCACUGCCAAUGUGUUUACCUGAGAAUAAGCACUUUCUGUUUAUACAUGUGUGGGUUAUUUAUCCCCAUGUCACUGGAAAAUUAAGGCACAUUGACCUGCACUCAGAAUGUUUGUUGAAGGAAGACCUUUGUGUAAAUCUGGUAGUUGGGGCAAGUCAUGGGUCUUGUUUACUGGCGUUUAAAGUGUCACUGAUACAGUAGCUGUCUGCAUUAACACCUCGCUUACAUGAAUUGAGCAGUUUCCCUGAGUUUCUGCACAAUCCCGUAUACCUACACAAUUCAAAAAAUUUGCAGUAAGCAUACCAGCUUGGUUUGGGCUAGACUAUCAGUAGGGCUUGUUCCUAGCAAACUGUUUUUUCAUGCUGGAAAAAUAAUAGUGCGAAACCAAAUCGUACAUGUGACAUUUCUAAACUACAAAGGGAAUUACAUUUUAUCGCCAAACUUGCUAGGUGCUUGGAGGUGGAGUACUUAGCAGUUAAAUAAAAUGACUUAAAAGAAAGAAAGAAAAAUGCAGUAUUUGAAAAGUGAUAACCCUGCGUACUAAUGUGAGACACAUGGAUCCCCCUUGCAUUGCUGAGCUGUAUAUAAUUUGUCAAUCAAGGAAAACUCUUGGUGCGUUUGGUGAAGUGGGAGGUGGCCUAUGAAAGCUUUCGCUUUUGUUCAUUUUGUAAAGUUGUCACCAGGCUCUUGGUUUUUAUUGCGAUACGCAGCGUGAAAAUAAGGCAAAGUGUGAGUAUUUGGCACACGUCCUAAGUUGUCACUAUUAACUUUAUCUUUUCUUGCUUUGAAAGCUUGUUUGUUUGCUUCUUAUGACAGUACUUUUGUAUUCCAGCUAUUCUGCAGACAGAUAAGAAGGGAAGUAUUUCUAAGGUAAUCUGAGAGGAAAUAACUAUGAUAAUAGAUUUUGUUUCAUUAGGGUGAAAAAGUAAAAGACGAUGCUUGAAAACUUUGAUGUGCAUGAUUAAUAGAAGCAGUGCUAUUAAAGUCUACCACACCCACAGGAAUAUUGGAUCCUAUUAUGCUAUGAUUAUAAUACAUUAAUUUGGCAUACACUCUUUACUGGAAAAGUGUAGCUUGCUUCUCGGUGGUGUUUUCUUUAAGCUGGCUGAGAAAAUACAGGUAGCCAGUUCUGAAAUGAUGGGCUAGAUUAACAAGUGGAAUCUGCUUUUAACCACAGUGGGGGUUGUUCAAAAUAAAUUUAAAAUAGGUCUGUGGGAAGCACGAGAGCCUCUGCAGAGCUAAAGGAUUUAUAUAGAUUUUAAACCAAUUGUGGUUUUAAAAGCAGCACAGUAUUUUUAUAGCAGGCAGGCAUGGCUACUUUAGACUGUGCAGCUGUCCGUACCAUUACUGAAGCUGGUGCGAUACCGCCUCAUUCCUUCACAAUAUACAUUUUUGCUUUAAACAGCAUAUUCCUCAUUAGAUGUCUAAAGCAGAUGCCCUGAGCUACUGGUGUAAAAACUCCUUGAAGAGUUUCUCAUUGCAUUAUGGAAGGAGCGUUUGACUCCAGAGACAGUAUGAGUGUUGAUUUGUUGUCUUGUCUAAAGUAAGUUCCUUGUGGAGUUUGAUGGGUUUUAUCAAUUUACCUGGUACCAUGUAAUGCAUAAUUACCUCUCUGGUGUUUACUAAUGUUAAUUGUUAACAGUGAAAUCUGAUAAGAGUGGGAGAUCUGAUAAGCAAACUACAGUGCCUAUGCCUUUCUUAAGGAUGGAGUUCAAUACUCCUCAAAUUCAUGCAUGCUCUGCUGUUCCCCUGCUGAAGAGAGAGGCGUAGUGGUCAUAUUUACAAGUUUGCAGGAAUUAGGAGUACAAUAUAGAUUAUAGAACUUAAUUAUUUUGAUGCUUAGCUUUUAUUUUCCUCCACUCCAACCCCCAGCGAACACAAAGAAGACGAUCUUCCUUCCUGUGAUAGAAAAUAGAAAACCACUUUGAGUGGUUUACUUCUUAAUUGUUUAAGCAAGAAAUUAAGAAUAAAAAGGUCCUUUAAAACAGUGUUUGGGGAAAGUGUUCAGGUCUACUCUUGAAUGUUGAAAAUUUAACUUAAGCAGGUUUUUAUUACAGAUCACAGUACUGAUUAUAUCAGCUCCCCAGCCCCACCCCUGAUAUUGGCUAUUUAAAGUACUUUGCAACUGAGACAGUUGAUCUGUUCUGCUUAAAAACUAAGGAGCAUUUACAUACAAGUUGGUUAUGUGCUUCUAUGUUAAAAUUGUUAUUAUUAUAUGUUGAUAUUAAGUAGCAUGAAUUACUGGGCAAGCAAUAUUCCAUAUUGUUUUCUGUUUUGCUGUUUCCCACACAAGCCCUCUUAACUUCUGAAUAAUAAUAAUAAUAAUAAUAAUAAUAAUAAUAAUUUAUACCCUACCCAUCUUCCUGGGUUUCCCCAGCCACUCUGGGUGGCUCCCAAAAUAAUAAUAAUAAUAAUAAUAAUAAUAAUAAUGCAAUAAAAUAAUCAAAUAUUGAAAACUUCCCUUACUUCUGGUACAUGCACUUGAUGAAAGCUGAACAGUCUUUCAUGUACUUUGUGGUGGUCCAUCUUUCUUCUUUACAUCUCCCUUCUUUCCACACUACUGUUAUGUAGCUAUAUUUAGGGGUCCCAAAACCACAGCAGCACUGACACCUGAAAACUGGGUCUGGUAACUGGCACCUUGCCAAUGGCUCUCAGGCAAGCUUUGAGGCCCCAGCACCUCUCACUUAAGUGCUGCAUGAAAGGAAAGGCAACAAACUGAAAGCAGCAACAAGAACAACCUCUGUGCUGGUGUCCCUGACUGGCAACCCUUGGAUUAGAGGGAAGCAAUGUUUUUGGGCCGGUGGGCACAUUUUGGACUUUGAGAGAGUGCUGAAGGCACCAGACACAAAAUUCCUUGGAAUAACACAAAAUGGCUCGGGGGCUGGGCGGCCUGGUAUAACACAGAAUUGAGAGAGUAGAGUCGUACCUUGGUUUUCGAACAGCUUAGUUCUCGAAUGUUUUGGCUCCCGAAUGCCACAAACCCGGAAGUGAGUGUUCCGGUUUUGAAAACGUUUUUUGGAAGCCGAACGUCCGACGCGGCUUCUGAUUGAGUGCAGAAAGCUCUUGCAGUCAACUGGAAUCUGUGCAUUGGUUUUCAGACGUUUUUGGAUUCCGUUCAAAAACCAAGGUACGACUGUACAGUCAUAGUGAAGCUUUCCCCAUAAUUGUAUUUCCAUACUAGAUAAGGCUUAACUGAUUUCUGCCUUCCAUAGGCCCAAGAACCUUGUUUUCCCCCCAAUAUCAACCCUAAAGCAAAGCCUAGGCUGCCAUCCUGUACCCACUUAAUAGAUUAAAAGGUAAAGGGACCCCUGACCAUUAGGUCCAGUCGCGGACGACUCUGGGAUUGCGGUGCUCAUCUUGCUUUAUUGGCCGAGGGAACCAGCAUACAGCUUCCAGGUCAUGUGGUCAGCAUGACUAAGCCGCUUCUGGCGAACCAGAGCAGCACAGAAACGCCAUUUACCUUCCUGCCAGAGCGGUACCUAUUUAUCUACUUGCAUUUUGACAUGCUUUUGAACUGCUAGGCUGGCAGGAGCUGGAACCAAGCAACAGCAGCUCACCCCAUCGCGGAGAUUCGAACCACCGACCUUCUGAUCAGCAAGCCCUAGGCUCUGUGGUUUAACCCACAGCGCUACCUGCAUCCCAUACUUAAUAAAUUAAGCCCUAUUAAACCCAAGGAGAUGUACUUCUGAUGGUUUCUAAGGGGGAAAACAGUGACAAACUAUAGAGAUCCCAAGGACAAUAAGACAAGAGCAGGAAAAUUGCAGUAAACGGGAGGGAUUCCUCUUGCCUCAUGGCCAAAUAACUCAUUAAUCAGUCACACCUCUGCUUUGGUCUUUGGCCAAAAACAUUGACAGGUGGGAGCAGUAUGGCUGUCUCAUUUCCUAGAUCUCGCUUAGAAGGCUACCUCCACAUUUGGCAUCAUAACUUUCUAAGAGGCCUAGAGACCUACUUUAAAAGCUCACAGCCUAGGGGCACCAACGAAAGCCUUUGUGGGUGCCAUGGUUCCCCAGGGGCACCAGGUUGGCAACUCACGAUCUAAUCUGGUUCCCAGGAAAUUUGGUUGCCUCACGUUUUCAACGCCCAAAUUCAAACCGCACCCUGAGACCAUGCAGCCCAACCGGGAUUUUUUACUUCAAGUCUGCAAUCCAAUGUGCACAUGCAGGAGUAAAAGUCCCUUUCAACUCAGUAGGACCUACUUCCGAGUAAGCUCGCCUGGGGAUUGUGCUGCGUAUUAUCUUAGCGUCAUGUGGGCAUCUCACAAAGUGUAAACCUCACGCUCAGCAGACUGUAUUGGAGCUGUGCCAUGUUUUUCGGAUAGCUUUUUACCUGGCGACAUAGGGAAUAACAUAGCCACAUUUUUCAUACUAUCUCUUGCAAUAAAAGCAUGCGUAUAUUUGCAGUUCUUCCUGUGCUCAGUGAGCAUCAUUUCAACCUUUCAACGCACAUUUUUUAAUUUUGUUUUCUACCUGCCUGUUAUUUUUAUGAUUUAUCCAUUUGCUAAGGGACACCAGGUGAAAUGUGGAAUAAGGCAAAACACCGAUGUGUUUGUAAACUUGUAGGGGAAGUUAGAAUCUGAAAUAGAUGGGAGAGGUCGGCAAAUCCACCACCGCAUCUUUCACAAGAAGCCUCACUGAUCUUUGAGGCCUGUGAGCUUCUUUGGGUCUGGGAAAUGGGGAGAGAAACCAAGUGUCCCUCUCUUCCCACCCCACCCCACUUUGGUGUGUUUGUAGCUCUGUUGCUUCAGUGGUCAAGGAGAGGGAGUUCCUUGCUGCAGAAGCUUGUGGGAAGCAGGAAUUCAUAGCUCUGCUCAGGGUGAGAGCCUGCCUGGGUUGGAGUAUCGCUAAGUUGCUCAAAAGCCACAGAGUGAGAGUCUCUUGGCACAAGAGCAGGAGUCAGCAAACUUUUUCAGCAGGGGGCCGGUCCACUGUCCCUCAGACCUGGUGGAGGGCCGGACUAGAUUUUGAAAAAAAUAUAUGAACGAAUUCCUAUGCCCCACAAAUAACCCAGAGAUACAUUUUAAAUAAAAGCACACAUUCUACUCAUGUAAAAACACACUAAUUCCCGGACUGUCCAUGGGCCAGAUUUAGAAGGCGAUUGGGCCGAAUCCGGCCCCCAGGCCUUUGUUUGACUACCCAUGCACAAGAGUGUGAGAGACAAAGAGGGAGGGAGGGGGCUGCUAUAAGUGGGGGGGAAAUGGGGGGGAGACUGUUUUCAAGACCACUGGUUGGUUAUUUAAUCAGUUACAGUGGUACCUCGGGUUAAGUACUUGAUUUGUUCCGGAGGUCCGUACUUAACCUGAAACUGUUCUUAACCUAAAGCACCACUUUAGCUAAUGGGGCCUCCUGCUGCCGCCGCGCCGCCAGAGCACGAUUUCUGUUCUCAUCCUGAAGCAAAGUUCUUAACCCGAGGUACUAUUUCUGGGUUAGCGGACCCUGAAGCGUAUGUAACCCGAGGUACUACUGUAUUUAAUAGGUUUGAAUGUCUUGCAUAUGUUUUACAUAGUUAAAUUGAAAAUUUUUAAUUUUUGCCAUUGCAGUUAUUCUUGUUUACCAAACAACAGAAUUGUUAAUUUGUUGCCUAUUGGACCUGUUUAUGUGAUUUUUUGUAUUGUUGUUUUUCCUAUGUUUAUUUUUAUUACUUUGUCCCUUGUUGUGGGAUUGAAAAUAUUCAACAGAACAACAAGCUAGAAAUGCUGUUUAAAAAAUGUGGGAAAUUAUUCCAUUGCUGUUUCAAGAGUUGGCUUUGCAUGUUGAUGCAAACUUGAUAACUUAUGGGAUGUAUGCUAUAAUUGUGGAUUUAUUUUUUUUAAAAAAAAUUGUAAGGUGAAGCACUGUUGCUUAUAUAUUAAAUAAGCUUCUGGAAUUGAAUAGGACAAGCUGGGGAAUUAGGGGCCCCUUGCGGAAUAGAACUACUUGAUUUUAUUUUCUAUUUCAAAGCCAAUACUAAAUGGAUUAAUUUCUCCCGAACCAUUUUUACCAGGGCUUGCUUCUAAAUUGAAGUGAUUAUUGCUGGACUAAGUAGAGGGUUCAGUACACUCUUGAGAAUAACUUAGCCAUCCUUCUGACCUCACCCAGAAAAAAGGCUGUGUAUUUUGUAAGCCUUUAAGUAUGAUGUAGAAAUUGAACUAUUUUAUUUUUUUAAAACCGCUGUGCCAUUGAAUUGGCCUUUUCACAAAAGUAUUUUGCUUUUUAAUCUGUUUGCGCCUCAAAAAGCAUGCUGCUUAUAACCAAAGGAAAAAUAUUCUCAAUUACAGUUCAAUUUGUGUGAGUGCUAUUGCAUAUAAUAAUGUAAUGCUAGUAUUUAUAUAGCACUCUGACUACAUUGUCAAACUGCUUUGCAUAGCUUAGCUUGGUAAUCCCUACAACAGCCUAAAAAGGUAGGCCAGUAUCAGUGGUGAUGAUGAUGAUGAAUUAAAUUUAUAAUUAAUCAAAAGAUCUCAGGGCCGUUCACAUAUCACUGUUUAGCUUUCUCUCUUCUUUGCUCUGGCCCAUAAUGGCUUGUCUUAGACCAUCCGUUAAAUUCAUUGCUGAGGUGACAUUUGAAUUGUGUGCUUUGGCUCUUAGUCUAUGCUCUUAACAGCCAAACUAAUUUGCUUUCUAGUCUUCAGCUGCUGCCUUGUGAAUAUCAAGCUGCUCUCAAGUAAUUGCUCAAUUGUGUGUGCGCUUUUUUUUUUUUAAUGUUCUAAUAUAUUUAUACCCUGCCACAUAACCCAAGUGGUCCUCUAAGGGCAGUAGUAAUUCAGUAACACGUACGACUAACCACGAAAAAACACAGGCGCAUAGCAGAUUCACAUGCGCUCCCGAGUGCUUUAUCUGCCAAGGGGAAACCAGCUGGUAUUAGUACCAAUAAUUCCUUAUAAUAGAUGAGCCUUGUGUAAUAUCCAGUUUCGUUCCCUCUCCAUCUUCACUUCAAUCCCUAAACCCUUUGUAGACACUAUAUAAAGAAAUUACAGGCAUUGUUAUGGCAGAGUAGAGAACUGAUUAUUCUACUGCAGUAAUAAGACAGACGAGGGCUCGCUGUAUUAUAAUCAUGUAUCUUAAUUUCUGGAAAUAUUUGCUGUCGUGCGCCAAACAUGGAACGUGUAAGUGUGAGAGAGAUGUGGUCUAGUGUGCACAACAACUGCUUGAAAAUAGCUUAGAUCUUAUUUCAGUGCUUGUUUAUAGAGUUGAAGUCCACGCCCUUCAUUGUCUUUUAAUUUACUUUUAAUCGGUUUGCUCUUUCCACAAAGGGAAGUGUGGUCUCUGACUCAGCAGAGGUUUGAGAGAAAGGCAAAGGAACAGAUUUUUAGUGACCGCACCCCCACCCCACCCCCAAAAGCCCCCUGUACCACCUACUGGAGGGUCCUGUAACCUCAGAGCAGUUUUUUUUUUAGGGUGGGAAUAGGGAACUGUAGUGGGAAGAAGGAAAAUCUCCUCCUCCCCCUCCUACCUAUGGGAGCAUCCAUUCGAUUUCCAUUACACUACAGUAUAGACAAUUCUGUAUCCAGUCAAGGUUGUCUUCUCUUUUACAUUGAUUGAUAAUUCAGAGAGGGUUCUUUACAGUGCAAAUAUAUACUUUCUCCCACCCCCAUUCUCCCUUCCAUUGUAUUGCCAGGAAACUCAGAAUUCGGAAGUAUUUACUCUUUAUAAUGUCUUGGCUGUAUCAAUAUUUUUCGAAAGCCAUUGUAGUCUAAAUAAUGCUUUAAGAUAGUGCAAAUAUACAAAUAUAUGGUCCAUUUUAUAGCUCAGAUAACUAUAAUAGCAGAUUCAAUCUGUCAUGCCUCCCUUUGCAUUUGCAACCCGGCGAGUGUGUGGUGCAAUAUGGUAUAUCCAUUUACCUGUCUUCUCUGCUUCAUCUUUAAGCAUUUUAGCUGCUAAAACAUUAAUUGGCUAUUAGUUCCCAUCAGAAAUCUAGCUGCAUGCUCAUGCUAUUUUCAGUGUGUGCGAGAGAGAGAAGUUUGCUCCUUGAUUAACACAGAGGGGUCACUUCACUGACCUUGUGCUCUCAAUGUCUGGUAAAAUAAGCCCAGAAGUUGUUCCUCUACAGGCAUCCUCAAACUCGGCCCUCCAGAUGUUUUGGGACUACAACUCCCAUCAUGCCUAGCUAACAGGACCAGUGGUCAGGGGUGAUGGGAGUUGUAGUCCCAAAACAUCUGGAGGGCCAAGUUUGAGGGUGCCUGCUGUAUAGGCAUCGAGAUCUCAUUCCUUUCUGAUGUCUUAAAAUCAGCCUAGAACAAAUUUCUGUCGAGUGGGUGGACAACUACUGUAUAUUUGACUAAUUUUAAUAAUAGCUUAAGACCUACUUCCACUCUACGUUAAAGUCAGAAAAUAGAAAGCCUCUUCCCCCAAUCUUUGUCACCUCCCCCAUGCUUCUUCAAGACAUUUCUUCCCUAGACAAUUCAUCAAUUUCAAUUUGGCACUGAAGAACAGCAUGGAUCUGUGUGUAAUGGAAGUGGACAAACAUUGCUCUAUUCCGUAUUUUGCUUGUCGCUUGAUUGAUUGGCAUGUUUCUCCUGGGCUGCCGGAGCACAGCAGUCUAAAGGUGUUUGGGUGUUGUUUUUCCAAGAGGGUUUUUUUUGGGGGGGGGCAGGAGGUUGCCCCCUUGAUUUUCUACACUUAGCCUAAAAUUAAGACCGAUCAAAAAGAACAAAAUCCUAUCAGUGUUUAAUUACUGUUUUCAAGCAAGGUGUUUUGCAAUUAAUGGCCAUAAGGCAUCAUUUUGACCCAUCAAGGCUGGUCAAGUUCUUUAUCGUAACUCCAUGAGGUUUUGGCUGUGAAACACUGUAGAAUCAAAACAGACAUAAAACACACAACGCUGAAAAAGCUGUCAAAUUGUGGCUCAGAGCUUGCCAGCGCAAAACCUGUUGUGGAAGAAGAGUUAGAAGAAGAACAACUGGAAACUGGUUCCUCCUCCUCACAUAUGUACAGGAAUAGGCUUCAUGCCAGCUCAGAUUUCGUGAUUUGUGAAAUCUAAGGUGGGAGGUAGGCAGCAAAACCUCUCAUAGGCACCUCUCUGUUGUUCCUAAACCCAGGUCUGCUGAAAGUCUGCCCGUACAUCUCAAACAAGUGUCAGCUUUCAAGUCUGUGAUCCUUGGAGAUAGGGAAGGCAACCGUCCCGGUACCUCCAUCAUGUCUAGAUCCAGACCUCCUGAGCACCUUUCCCUGAACUGUUUUUGAUUUUAAGGGCUUCUUUUGUGGUUCGAUUUUAAAUGCUCUUAGCUACGUCCAAAGGCUGUUUUCAACUGAAGAGCAGAAUAAGAUUACAAUACAGUGGUACCUUGGUUUGCAUACAUUUUGGAUUAUAAACACAUCAAAUCCGGAAGUGUGUGUCCCGGUUUGCAACCUUUUUUUGGAUUACAACCCAUUUUUUUGGGAUUACGAACAAUUUUUUGGGGGGAGGCCCCAUUGGCGAAAGCGUGCCUUGGGUUACAACCUGUUUUGGUUUACAAACGGACCUCCGGAACGGAUUAUGGUUGUAAACCAAGGUACCACUGUACAAUCAGGAAUAUCUGUAUUUGUACUCGGGGAGGGGGUCGUGCGUCUUGUCAAGGUUUUCUGGCCUCCAAUGAUAGUCAUGUUGCAAGUUGCAUAGAAGAUGCAAAUCCUAGGGAUGGUUUCUCGUAUGUGCUCACAGAAGUUAACAGUGAAUGUGGUUUGGCCAAAAAUAACAUGAAAAAUAUUGCAUAAAUAUGUAGUUCACUUUUAUCAAGGCCACAGAGCCAUCCCUCUCUUUCAGGAAUGGUAAUGAUCCAGAAUAAAGCACAUGACAUUCAUGCUCAGGUGUUAUUUAUACCUAAUAUGCACUAAGUGGUUGUUUGUCAUAGCUAAACACAGGUUCAUAUAUAUUGUGCCUUGAAUAUGAUUCUUCAUACAAAGGCAAGGUGUAAAUGCCAGAAUAAAUAAAUCUGAAAUAUACCCCCCUCCCCCACAAAAACUCACAAGCUCUAUAGAGAAUAUUUGACAGCUGCCGUAAAGUACAAUGAACGUUAGCUUUCUUUUUUUUGGCUUUAAUACUUUAGUUUUCUCUAAGUUGGCCAUGUGUUUGACAGCUUGAUAGAAAUGUGAUAGUAUGGCACAUUCAGCUUAACUUGAGUGUAAUGACUGAAGCUCCUAAAGGUAUAAUUUUGUAUUCAUGUGUCUACAUAAUCUCAUGUGAAAUGGAUUAUCUGCAUGGAUUUACCAGAAUAUCUGUAAUGCCUCACCUACGGUGUCAUUUUAAUGUGUCUGCUACAGAUAGCCUGGUGACACUCAGUGGAAAUACUAUUGCUUUUUUCAAUAAAGCAGCUAUUUCAUUAAAGGGUGUGCAGCCUUCGGCCCGAGUACCACGGGCAGGCUAAUUCCAUGCAGGUGCUGGGGGUGGGGAAUGGGGGGGGAAGAGAGGGGCAGAGAGAGAAAGUGGGGUUCUCCUCCCACUUUUGGCUUCAGCCUUGGAAAUCUCCAACAUGUGGCCCCCAAUUCUGUAGCCCGCAACAGGAAAAAAGUUUCCUCACCUAUGCUAUCAAAGGGUUUGUAACAAAAAAAGUUAAAUGCCUUGGUAGCUUUUAAUGUGAAUAUUAGUGGUUCUACAUGGUAUGCCCAUAUAUACAUAUCCCUAUUCCAUUCUUUUCAUUUUUAAGUUUUAAGUCAUAAAUUUUAUGUGGACGAAGACUCUUGCUCAUUGCUCAUUUUGAUGAGAAAUAGAUUGUUUGUUUUUUGUAAUUCUUUCAGCAUGCAGAGUACUUUUAAUGCCCUGCUACAUAGAUAGCCCAUACUCCCAUUUGCAACUGAAGAACUUUCAUCAAAAUAUACCUGCUAAAUGUGUAGAUGAUUAUGGAUUUGAACUCUGAUUUCUCAGUUUCUUUUUGUUGUCUGAUUUGAUUUUAACGUUCUGUGGAGAGGAAAUAUAGUAUUCCAAAUGUGGAUAUUCAUUUGGUUUUGUUAUAAUUCUAUGCUUGUAAAAGCAAAUUAAAAAUAUUACUAUAUAUCUAUAUCUAUAUCUAUAUUCCUUUUUAUGGCCACCGUGGAUCCAUUUGGAAAUGGAACAGGCAUACACAGUCGACUCUGAUUUGGAUGUGAGAGAUUAUUGACGAUAUUUAUUGCAGUAACCUUAUCCAGUUGGGAAUGCUUUGCUUUUGGCAACUAGAAACUGUCUAAAACAGGUCCACAGAAAAGUGACAGCAUGGGGGGGGGUAGCCAAGUUCCCUUGUGCAUUAAGAGUCCUUGUUGACAACCCCAGCUUUCAUGUAGCUGCACUGGAUUGGUAUUAAUGAAUCGCAAAUACUUGUUCCACACUGUAGUUCCAUCGGGAGAUAGUUCCCUAAUUCAGUUUGAGGCAAUGGUAGUAGUAUUCAGCAGCAUCCCAUUUACACGAUUCCUUGGACUGUUGGCUAAGGGUACUCAAGAGAGCUGUUUCUCAAUAAGUUUACACAGCUAGCCCUGGUGUCUGUCAAGGCUGAUCGUGCAAGUAAAGUAAUGUUUACAGCCCAUUACAUCUCCAGUAACUUCAGAGAGUAUAUAGAUCUGGAACAAGACGCAGAGAAAUAAUUAACGGAGAGAUGCGGAGUAUCAUGAGUCUUUAGGGUACAUGGGGAAAGGACUGUUGAUGUUCCAAGCUUGAUUUCACUGUGAAGUUUUCAAGAGAGGGAAGGCUAUUGAAAGUAAAGUACAGUGGAUACUCAGGUUGCGAUUAUGAUCCAUGCGGGAGGCACGUUUGCAACCCGCAGUGCCGUGUCCGCGCAUGCGUGGAUCGCGAUUCGGCGCUUCUGCGCAUGCGUGAGUGCCAAAACCCGGAAGUAAUCCGUUCCGGUACUUCCGGGUUCAGUUCGGUGCGCAACCCGAAAACACGCAACGUGAAGCGUCUGCAACCCAAGGUGUGACUGUAUCUUAGCUGUUGUGUUCCAUUUCAAAAAUGUAUGUUCAGCCUGUAAGUUGGCUUCUGCCUUGCAGCUCUCCUCAUACUUCCUCUAUAAAGUACUCUUGGUCCAUAGUCAAGUCUGAAGAACUCCCUGGUCCUGAAUGGGGUAAUUGUGUCCCUGAAAGACCAGGUGCGCAGCCUGGAAGUCAUUGUGGACUCACAGCUGUCCAUGGAGGCGCAGGUCAAUUCUGUGUCCAGGGCAGCUGUCUACCAGCUCCAUCUGGGACGCAGGGUAAGAUCCUACCUGCCCCCAGACUGUCUUGCCAGAGUGGCACAUGCUCUAGUUAACUCCGACUUGGACUACUGUAAUGCGCUCUACAUGAGGCUACCUUUAAAGGUGACCCAGAAACCACAACUAAUCCAGAAUGCGGCAGCUAGACUGGUGACUGGGAGUGGCUGCUGAGACCACAUAACACCGGUCCUGAAAGACCUACAUUGGCUCCCAGUACGUUUCUGAGCACAAUUCAGAGUGGUGGUGCUGACCUUUAAAGCCCUAAAUGGCCUCAGCCCAGUAUACCUGAAGGAGUGUCUCCACCCCCAUCAUUCAGCCUGGACACUGAGGUCCAGCUCCGAGGGCCUUCUGGGGGUUCCUUCACUGCGAGAAGCAAAGCUACAGGAAACCAGGCAGAGAGCCUUCUCGGUAGUGGCGCCCGCCUGUGUGGAACGCCCUCCCAUCAGAUGUCAAGGAUAUAAACAACUAUCUGACUUUUAGAAGACAUCUGAAGGCAGCCCUGUUUAGGGAAGUUUUUAAUGUUUGAUGUUUUAUUGUAUUUUUAAUACUUUGUUGGAAGCCGCCCAGAGUGGCUGGAGAAACCCAGCCAGAUGGGCCGGGUAUAAAUCAAUGAUUUUGAUGAUGAAGGUGCAUGAAGCACCAAUCUUGCUUUGUUUGGUCAGUGCUUACACCAAAACCCCAUGCAUGCCUCGUAGAGUUCCGUCAUGCUACGUAGGAAAUAAAUGCAACCAAUCAACAAUUUGUUGUUGUUACUUGACCUCUGUCUUUCUUUGCCAAUGACAAGGGAUGGCAGUGUAUUUAUGUGAUGGGAGGAAAUCCAGAAUGUGAAGCUUCUCCCAUCAUUAUUACAUCCCACUGAUGGAAAAAGCUUCACUCGCUAAUUUACCGCUUCAAAUGCCUAAAAACUUCUCAGCUUGCGUCUUAAUUCAGUGAACCCAUUAGCAUGGAUUCUGAUUUUAAGCCUAUCCUGAGGAGUGGGUGUAUUUAAUUUUUUAAAAAUUGUAUACUCGUUAAUUUAUUUGGUACAUAUGUGAAAGGCCAUUCAUAAAUUCAGUAGCAACAACGAUAACUUUCUAGGAUAGUAUGUAUUCAGCGAAAACAAAAUUACCAAGCCUCCUAUUUGCUCCUUAGGUAGUGUUUUAAUUUCUUAAGAGGUUUAGGCUCUGGCAGUUAGUAGGUUUGGGUUUUUUGUUUGUUUUCUUCACUGUUCUGUUAUUUAUUGGCUUGGGAAAAAUCGUGUUGGGUGUUCAUUUUUGUUCUCUUGGGGAAAAUAGAGAAGUUUUGUUGUUUUAUAUUAUCUGUUCACAUAGAAAGUAAUAGUUCUCCAUCCCAUAAAGCAAAACUUCUGAAAAUUGUAUGUUUUACUGAUGGUGCGUGCUGCUGAAUACUUAAAUCACUUAUCCCUGUGCCUUUUACUUACUUUGAAGGAGGAACCAUGAGCGUGGGGGGGGGGCAGCUGCCUCCCCCAAAUUAAAUCAAUAAAUAAGAAUACUUAACUAACAGCUUGGUUCUGCCCCCCACCAACAUAAAUCCUGUUGGUUCUGCCCCCCACCAACAUAAAUUGCUACGCCCAUGGGAGCAGCAAUAUUUCCCUGCUCUUCCAUCCUCAACAUCACCACAGCUGAAAUCUGCUUAGAUGAAAUCUUCCCUCAAGCCGUGCCCUACACUGUUGUCAGUGCCUCUAUUACAGCCUUAAUUUUAUAUCCUGCAUCCUUUGUGGAAAUGGAACUGUUUUUCUUAAAUAUUAGAGGCAAAUCUCGGUAAAGGUCUCCUUUCCCCCUUGUGACUUCACAGUGCUGGCCCCAAGGGUGACAACAUCUAUGAAUGGAGAUCGACUAUCUUAGGACCUCCGGGCUCAGUAUACGAAGGCGGAGUUUUCUUCCUCGAUAUCACAUUUACACCAGAAUACCCUUUCAAGCCUCCAAAGGUAAGAAAUGUGAUGCACGGUUAAUGUUUGCUUCCAGUGUGCGAUGCUCCCACUUGUUGGUCCACGGUAAACAGGUAUUCCGAGGCAUACCCAUAAUAUCUCUGGGAAUCAGAGGGCAUUCUGGGAAAGUGAGUGAGUGGCCGAAGGCCACCUCUUUCCUUACAAUACACCUAAACAAAAAAUGUGGCAUACGGGCUCACAUGACUGGAGUUUGCGGUGGCCACAGGUGCUGUCUUCGGGAAAGCAGGUAUGUAGUAAUAAUAAUAAUAAGAAAUAAUUUAUUUUUUAUUUAUUUAUACCCCUGUUGGGUGGCUCCCAACAGAAUAUUUAAAAUAUAAUCAAACAUCAAACAUUAAAAACUUCCCUAAACAGGGCUGCCUUCAGAUGUCUUUUAAAGAUAGGCUAGCUACUUAUUUCCUUCACAUCUGAAGGGAGGGUGUUCCACAGGGUGGGCACCACUACCAAGAAGGCCCUCUGCCUGGUUCCCUGUAACCUCACUUCUCACAGGGAGGGAACCGCCAGAAGGCCCUUGGAGCUGGACCUCAGUGUCUGGGCUGAAUGAUGGGGGUGGAGACGCUCCUUCAGGCAUACUGGACCGAGGCUGUUUAGGGCUUUAAAGGUCAGCACCAACACUUUGAAUUGUGCUCGGAAACGUACUGGGAGCCAAUGUAGGUCCUUCAGGAUUGGUGUUAUGUGGUCUCGGCGGCCGCUCCCAGUCACCAGUCUAGCUGCCGCCUUCUGGAUUAGUUGUAGUUUCUGGGUCACCUUCAAAGGUAGCCCCAUAGAGGGCAUUGCAGUAGUCCAAGCCGGAGAUAAUUAGAGCAUGCACCACUCUGGCGAGACAGUCUGCUGGCAGGUAGGGUCUCAGCCUGCAUACCAGAUGGAGCUGGUAGACAGCUGCCCUGGACACAGAAUUGACCUGCGCCUCCAUGGACAGCUGCGAGUCCAAAAUGACUCCCAGGCUGCGCACCUGGUCCUUCAGGGGCACAGUUGCCCCAUUCAGGACCAGUCCCCCACACCUGCCCACCCCCUGUCCCCCCAAAACAGUACUUCUGUCUUGUCAGGAUUCAACCUCAAUCUGUUAGCCGCCAUCCACCCUCCACCCUCCUCCAUACACUCACACAGGACCAUUGUACCCUUUGCCUGCCAUAUCGGACAAAGUAGGACCGCAACGGCAUGAAGGUGUUUUGAGAUAUUAGAUUACCCGUGAAGUGCCAUUUUGUUUUGUGUUUUCUUACUUUUUGCUUCAACAGCAAAGAUGGAUUUAGCCUUGUAUAACUACAAAGCACUUCGCUACCCUCACAUUCCGGUAUUUUUCCAUUUAUUAUUUCCGUUGUGGCUUAAUAUAUAGUCUCUGCUGUCUUAUUCACAUAUUUCACAUUUUGGAAGACAUCUUUUCUAUAAUUCCAGUAGGUUUGGCAAGCAAAGAUCCAGUUCCAUAGUUCAAGUCAGACAAAAACUGCUUAUAUGUUACUUACAAACAGCAAUAACUUGUUGCUGUUGACUACUUUUGUAAUCUUUCUAUUCAGUUUGCGCCUUUAAAUCAUGUUCAUUGAUAUUUCACAAAAAUUAUUUUUACAAUUUUUAUUUUUUUAAAAAAAUCCCUUUCAAAUGCUCUGAACUCUUGUUUUUCAUUUUAUUUUUAAACUGUUGUUUACAAUAGUACUAUAAAAAGCAUUUAAACAGUGCGCUUCAUCUAUUAGGAUCCCAAGCUUCUUCAAAAACUCUGAAAUAGCUGCGCUUUAAAACGAUAUAUCUUGUUAAUUGCCUUUGAAAAUGCAGUUGCCUGGUCAAUAAAACAGCACUCGAUAAAUAAUUUACUCAGUUAAGAAAGACCUAAUUUAGCAAAAGGCUUUUAAAUUUUUAGUUAAUCCUAAUUUUAUUAAUGUUUCUGGUGUCCUCAUUGUAUAACAAAAUACGGGAUUAUAAUCUUUGCUGUUUUCUCCCCCCGACCCCAAUUCUAAAUCGGGAUUCUUAAAUUCUCACACAAAUAUCUUCUGCUGAGUGAGAUGGGAGGUAUUCCGUGUGUGACAUUGAAAUCGUAUUCUGUGUAGAUUUUUCCUUGGCCUUCUGCAACCUUCCAGGGAUGUUACCAUACUUCAGAAAACAAGGUUGGAUCUAGACACAUUAAAAAAGUGAUUCAGUUAAACACGUUGUAAACUUCAUAAAGGGAAAUCCCGUUGGCAAAAGACAAGACUCCACAGCGCCAUCAGGUGUCACCGUGUUAUAAUUCAUAUAAAGUGUUUUUCCUUUACUAAUCUAGCUGAGUCUCAAGACAGAAAUAAGUAAAUUUUGAAUGAAUGGUUUAAUCACCCCUGCUUAAGCCUUGUAUCUUCUGACUCUAAUCCAAAUGAAUGGACCCUGGGUGGAUCUAAACACAAGGGGGAAACACUAUACAUAAGUAAGAAAUUAGAUGGUUUUAUUUUUGAUAAUAAUUUUAAUUAGUUUUCAGUUACAAUAAUCCAGUCAUAGCCUCAUUAUAACAAUGCCAAAUUAUAAUACAGUUACUAAUACCAAUCAUUCAGGUGCCAAAUUAUAGAAUUUAGGUGGCCCCCCGCAUAUUAGAAUUGAUGGUUUGAUGAUUUACUUUAUUUCUUCUUUCUAAAAUCUUACUAAUUUCAGUUACACUCCAGUCAAAAUAACAAUCCCUUAAACAACAACUGCAAUUUUAACGACUUUCAUUCGUAUUGACACAUUAAAUGAUUUAUAAGUCUACAGGCAAAGCAUUCAAACUAUAUCCUUGUUCUUUCUGUGUGUGGCUAGAAAUUAGAUUGUUUUAACAAAAGAAAAAAUCUCUAUGGAAAACGGCGCUUUAAAAUUUCCUGCUCUCUGGCGCCAUCUGGUGUUGCAUGUUUAUAGUGCAUUCAAAUCCCUGUUACUUUAGUAAUGUAGCUGAUUCCCCUGUCCUGCUACAUCUCUGGGUCAACCAGCAACCAUUUUCCUUAAAGCGGGGUCAGACAUUUCUGUAUUGUGGCCUACGCUGGCCUUGUGCGGGCUACAGAAUAUGCUUGUGAAAGACACUGUGUGUUUUCUAUACGAACACUGAGAAGGUGAGACCAAAUCAGUGUUUAACUAUCAUGGCAAUAAAUGAGAAGCAGCUCUGGUGGGUCAAAUUUUUAAAGCAGAAUAAUUUUUAUUUGUAUCAGCCACUAGCAAUAAAAUAAAAUGUACUGAAGAUAGAGGUAAAAACUUAACUCCUAGGACAGGGGUCAGCAAACUUUUUCAGCAUGGGGCCAGUCCACUAUCCCUCAAACCUCAGGCCGGACUAUAUUUUGAAGAAAAAUAUGAUUGAAUUCCUAUGCCCCACAGAUAAUCCAGAGAUGCAUUUUAAAUAAAAGGACACAUUCUACUCACGUAAAAACACACUGAUUCCCGGACCGUCCACGGGCCAGAUUUAGAAGGCGAUUGGGCCAGAUCCGGCCCCCGGGCCUUAGUUUGCCUACCCAUGCUCUAGGAAAUACAUUUUGUGGGUUUACAUCAAUAAUCAAAUAAUAUAAGGUAAAGGUAAAGGUACCCCUGCCUGUUCGGGCCAGUCUUGCCAGACUCUAGGGUUGUGCGCCCAUCUCACUUAAGAGGCCGGGGGCCAGCGCUGUCCAGAGACACUUCCGGGUCACGUGGCCAGCGUGACAAGCUGCAUCUGGCGAGCCAGUGCAGCACACGGAAACACCGUUUACCUUCCCGCUAGUAAGCGGUCCCUAUUUAUCUACUUGCACCCGGGGGUGCUUUCGAACUGCUAGGUUGGCAGGCGCUGGGACCGAGCAAAGGGAGCGCACCCCGCCGCGGGGAUUCGAACCGCCGACCUGACGAUCGGGAAGUCCUAGGCUCUGAGGUUUUACCCACAGCCCCACCCGCGUCCCUAAUCAAAUAAUAUAUCUUAUUCUAAUUGCCCCUGCUAAAAAUCUUGCAGUUUUUGCUGUCACCUGAUCAUCUUGAUCUGCUAGAAGGAAGGACACAGUAGCAAUGUUGAGUGACCUGGCAUGGACAAUAGUAGAGGGGUAAUAACCUCACUCCUCAAAUCUUUAGAAAGAGUGCAAACCAGAAGCACAUGAGCCACUGACUCAAUACUGUCAUCUCCACAUGGAAAUAACCAUUUCCCCAGCGGAAUUUUUUUGAAAGCAACCCUCAAGUACAGCCGAAGUCAUUACAUUCCAUCUUGCGAGAGUGAAAGCGCGCCUGCAUUUUGGAAUGCUCAAAUUUUGCAAAGAGGGUGUGCCAAAGUGUCAAAAGGACUAGGUGGAAAAUAAUCAUACAAUGGACAACAUUUUCUUAUCGUGGCCGGAUAACCUGCAUUCAGUUAACAUAGGCUGGAUCCAACCCAUAUUACUUAAUUACUUAAUCCUGAAUAACAGCUUUGCUGCCUCACCUCCAGGGCCAGUGCAGCCAUUAGGCAGGGGGGGAUGUUGCCACCUCAGGUGACAGAAGUCUCCGGGAUGGCACACCACCACUGGAGCCAAUUUUGGGUGAGAUCUUGCCCUCUCUCCUGAAAUUCUUUGCCAGUGGUGGAGGGGGAGUGGCAAGCAGUGAAAUGGGAUGUGCCGCCCCUGCUCACCUCUGCAGACAGGUAAACUACCUUCUUAGAAUUGUAGAGGUGGAAGGGACCAUGAGGGGUCAUCUUCUCCAAACCCCCCCCCCCCAAUGCAGAAAUCUUUUGCCCAAAGUGGGGCUCGAACCCUCAGCUCUGAGGUUAAGAGACUCAUGCUUUACUGACUGAGCUAUCCCAACAGGAGAGGAGAGAUAUUGGAGGUAUGUUCUGAGUGCUGGGAGAUCUCGACAGAGUUGAGCUAUUCUAUUCUUGGACCCAAUACAUCCAGAAUCAAAGUUAGCCUGGAGACUGGAGCAUGAUAGAAACUUUCUGGAUAUCUGACAACUUCAUUGUGGCGCAUAAAAAUACUUUUGUGCAGUUAAUGCAGUUUCUGGGAGACUUAUUCCAGACGACGUCAUCCAGUUUAGUUUCAUGCUACAUGUAUUGCACAUUACCCCCAAGCAUAUGUUUGAGUAGACUACUCCAGGCAUCUGUGCAAGCAAGCGCUUAAGGCUUUAAGGAAACCCAAAUUGUGUUACAGGCAUACACAUGUAACAGUAUACACACCCCCUCCACACAGACGGUCAUACGCAUUUUUUACAGGGGCUUUUUCUUUGGGGAUGGGGAUGCAGAAGUAGGAAAGACGUGAGUGCUUUAAUCUCACUCCACAAAAACUCAAGGCUUUUUCCACUGUGGAGUUUGAAACGUGUGUUUGGAGCUACAUAACACUUCUCCACUUAUUGCAAACCAGGCAUCAUACAUGCAGUUAGUGGAGGGGAGAGGAAACAAACAAGCUUUUUACUACCCACCCAAUUCUGCUCCUCAUACUACCGUAUUGGCACGAAUAUAAGCCACACUUUCCCCCCAAAAAAUUCUGACCGUGAAAAGUUAAAGUGCAGCUUACAUUCACAACCUUAUGGGCAGCAAGGCAGCGCGGCUCUCCCCCCCCCCCCGAAGUUGUACAGGUAUUGUCUUUUUUUCUUUCCCCCCUUCAAUUUUAAAGGUGCAGCUUAUUUGCGGGGGUGGCUUAUAUUCGAGCCAAUACGGUACUUUUCUUCUUCCCUCCACCUUUGCAGCAGCUGGUGUGACUGGCAGGGAUCCCAGAUUCAGCAGAUCACAAUCAUCUUAAGACAGGAAUCUGCUGAGUGCUCCAAAUUCAAUGCAGCCUGUCAUAUAUAGAUACAGAGAUACAGAUACAGAUGUAUACUUUUAGGCAUGUGUAUUUGUGUGACUGAUCCCAUCACCUCCUGGCAAAUAGAAGAGGAAGAAAUGGAGGCAGUGAGAGAUUUUACUUUCUUGGGCUCCAUGAUCACUGCAGAUGGUGACAGCACCCACGAAAUUAAAAGACGCCUGCUUCUUGGGAGAAAAGCAAUGACAAACCUAGACAGCAUCUUAAAAAGCAGAGACAUCACCUUGCCAACAAAGGUCCAUGUAGUUAAAGCUAUGGUUUUCCCAGUAGUGAUGUAUGGAAGUGAGAGCUGGACCAUAAAGAAGGCUGAUCGCCAAAGAAUUGAUGCUUUUGAAUUAUGGUGCUGGAGGAGACUCUUGAGAGUCCCAUGGACUGCAAGAAGAUCAAACCUAUGCAUUCUGAAGGAAAUCAGCCCUGAGUGCUCACUGGAAGGACAGAUCCUGAGAUGGAGAGCACAAGGAGAAGGGGAUGACAGAGGACGAGAUGGUUGGACAGAGUUCUCGAAGCUACCAGCAUGAGUUUGGCCAAACUGUGGGAGGCAGUGGAAGACAGAAGUGCCUGGCGUGCUCUGGUCCAUGGGGUCACGAAGAGUCGGACACGACUAAACAACAACAACAUUUGUGUGAUGUCUAAGCCUCAGUCUGAGUCCACACACAAGUUUUUCUGCAGGAGCCAAGUGUUCCUUUUGUGGGCAGACGCUUUGCUACCCAGCCUUCCAAUUUCUGUACUUUGUCAUCCCUAUGUAGAGUAGCUGCUUCAGAAACAAGAGCACAAAUUAAGUCAUGUAUCCUGCUCUCGAGUCCCCGGAGGAAGAAUGUGGUAAAAUGUGACAGAUAAAAUGAAAAGUGCGCUUGAAAUGUCUAAUGAGAAAUUCUCCCGUGGACAUUGACAUUUGUGGCAAAAGGUUACCAAUUUCUGUUCUUUAAUCAGGCAACUGUCUGCAGGAGGCAUGUGGUGCAUAGGUGCACUGUAAAUUACAUGGUUGUUCUUCUGCGGCCUCGGAAACCGAGGAAAGUAAUGAUAGAUUAUUGCUGCAGCAAUCCCAGUGCACCUUUUAAACCUGUGUAAAUCUGAUGUAAUAAAGACAGUUGGCACAAGAGGGCAGCAGCUCGCCAUUAAUGUUGAUGCUCGGCCUUAUUCUUGUGACUAUUCUAAUUAGUUUCCAAGGAAGAAUAAUAGUUCUCACACUGGUGAUAAAACCAUUAGACUAGUAAUAGCUCCAUAAAUUAUACUGGGUUCAAAACAUGAAACUUAAUUUCACUAUUUGGAGCAGAGUUCAGUAAUCACUUUAGCAGAGAUCCAUGCGGGCAGGGUCUGUAUUUCAGUAAAGUUUGGGGAUUUUUCAGUAAAGUAGGGGAUAGCAGGAGCCCAGAGACUUCAUCAACAUUUGCAUGUAUUGAAGUCACAAAAUCAUGAAUUUUAGAAGCACCUAUUUUAACUAUUUCCCAUUUAUAACUUGUAAUAAAUACAUAACCCUCCAACAAUUCUCAGAUGAAAAUAGGGGUGUUCUAUUCAGUCACCAUCAUCCUCUAUUCUGGGUAGCUUCCAACAUAUAAAAACAUAAUAAAACAUUUUUUUAAAACCUUCCCUAUACAGGGCUGCCUUCGGAUGUCUUCUAAAGGUUGUACAGUUACUUAUUUCCUUGCCUCGGGGGUCACAUAACUCCAAAGCAUCCAACAUUUCUCCAAUGAAAACAGGGAUGUCCUAAGGAAAAGUGGGACAUUCCAGGAUCAAAUCAGAAACCAGGACGGCUUCUGUAGACCCAGGACUUUCCCUGGAAAAUAAAUAGCGGGUCUGAGAUUUUCUCAUGCUUCAGGUGCUGAUUGUAGACAUUCUGUUACCCAGUCAUUUUGUAUAGGUUAGAGAGCCAGGCUUUUGAAGCACAUAAAAGCCAGUCACUUAACGAAGCACUAAUACAGCAUGUCAAAUCCAAGUUGUGUGUAUUUUAUUUCUUCUUCUUCUCCUUUGGCGAUCACUCGUAGCCGAGUAAGAUUGCCUUCCAUAAACACGGUUUUAACAAUGAGUCCAUAAGUGACCGUGGAGGCCAAUUCUGGAUCCACACGUCCUUCCACAGUGGGGACAUUGGUUUCCGGGUGGGAGUUGAUCACAGUGUGGAUUUGCCAAGCGUGCCUUCCUCUUAGCACGUUUCUCCCUUGCGUCCUGAGUUUGAGUCUUCAAAGCCCAUGACACCUUUGGUAAAGGCUGUUCUUCAGUUGGAGCGUCCGUAGGCCAACAUUUCAGAGUUGUCAGUGUUUAUAUCACUUUAGCUAAUGGGGCCUCCCGCUGCCGCCGCGCAACCAGCGCACGAUUUCUGUUCUCAUUUUGAUCAUUCUGAGGUAAAGUUCUUAACCCGAGGUACUACUUCUGGGUUAGUGGAGUCUGUAACCCGAAGUGUACUACAUUUUUUUAGAUUUGCCUUGAGAAAGUCUUUAAACCUUUUUUGUUGACCCACUGGCAUUACGCUUUCCAUUUUUAAGUUUGGAAUAGAGUAGUUGCUUUGGAAGAUGAUCAUCAGGCAUCCGCACAACAUGACCAGUCCAGCAAAGUUGAUGUUGAAGAAUCAUUGCUUCAACACUGGUGAUCUUUGCUUCUUCUAGUACACUGGCAUUAGUUCGCCUGUCUUCCCAUUUUAUUUAGUGCCUGCUUGCUCAGAAUGAACCCAGGCACCAAGUGAGCCAGGGGGAAUUCACAGCCUGGCCUAUGCGAGGUUGAUUCUUCAUUUGGCAUCUUUCCGGUCACCCCAAAUUUUCUUUACAGCUCCCAAUACAGGUGUGUAAGAGUAGACUCCAAAUUCCAGUGCUUCCAGCAAAGCAGGACUAUCAGAACAUCAGCAACAAAUUUGCUGUAACACUUUGGGCUGAGGCGGGGUGUGGAGGGAACUACUGAAGAGUUUCUGUGUUAUGAUUCUUCUCUAGAGACAAAGCCAGGUGGGAUGAUAUUGAGAGAAUAAUGUAACUUGAAGAAAUUAACCAUUUUAGCAAGUUGAGAAAUGCCACCCACAUCAGGUCCAAACAGAUGUAUGUUAAAGAGAUGCUUAAGUUGAUUGUACAGCCAUUAUUAUUUGGGGGCAGCAUGUCCCCCCUUUUUUGUAAUUUACUAAAAGACAAGUCUUAUUAACUCAGUAGCCAAAGCAGUGGGGAAAUGCCUGCUAAUCUAACUUUGAAGAUGACAUUCCAUUUUUAACAAUAGAUCAAGACAGAUUAGUGAUUUGUACAAGGGCCAAUGUCCUCCGUUUAGCCCUUGCUGCUACAGUGGUCAAAGGGGAAAAAUCUUUCCUGCCGCCCCCUAAAAGAAAGAAAAAACACUCUUAAAAUAGUUUUGCUCAUAAAUGGAUGCAUAUGGGAGAGCUCAAGUGAGAUUCAUCUUGCCUGGGGCUGUUCAGAGCGCCUCCAUCUUAAGUGCUUGGAAGAUUAGGGGAAACAGAAUGAUAGGUAGGCAGGAAAUGAAAUUCACCUUGCUGUGUAGGCACCUGCUUUUUAGGAUAUGAAAUUCUUUGUCUUUUAGCAGACCUCCAAAAAACAACAACAGCCUGUCUUUGUGUCCGUUUGGCAGAAAUAAUUAGUUGAGAUGGCAAGCGGUAGUCCCUGUAUUUUGUUGUUGUUGUUUAGUCGUGUCCGACUCUUCGUGACCCCAUGGACCAGAGCACGCCAGGCACUCCUGUCUUCCACUGCCUCCCGCAGUUUGGUCAAACUCAUGCUGGUAGCUUCGAGAGCACUGUCCAACCAUCUCUUCCUCUGUCGUCUCCUUCUCCUUGUACCCUCCAUCUUUCCCAACAUCCAGGGAGUCUUCUCUUCUCAUGAGGUGGCCAAAGUAUUGGAGCCUCAGCUUCACGAUCUGUCCUUCCAGUGAGCACUCAAGGCUGAUUUCCUUCAGAAUGGAUCGGUUUGAUCUUCUUGCAGUCCAUGGGACUCUCAAGAGUCUCCUCCAGCACCAUAUAAAUCAUUUUAACUAUAUUCACUCACCCAUGAACGUAAAAUCUAAGAACUGAUAGUGCUUUGUUGAGAUAAACUUGGAGGUAUCAUGGAACGUGGAUUUGUUUUUAGUCCUUGGUCUUAGGAAGAACCCUGUUUGACUAAAGGCUAUAGCAGGACAUUAAAAAGAGAAUGCCUCUCUGUGAGCAGCUAUAUAUAUAUAUAUAUAUAUAUAUAUAUAUGUAAUAUGAUAGUCACCAUCACCAACAAACUCGGUGCUUGAGUUCUAAUGAGAGAAAUGCUAGAGGGCCUGUCUGGAAAAUCCCAGACAGAAAGCUAUUUAUGGCUGGGUCAUUUUUGAGUUGAAGAGGCUAUAACCAUUGAUUUGUGUGUGUGUGUGUGUGUUUCUUUUUUCUCUUGCAGGUUACCUUUCGGACAAGAAUCUAUCACUGUAACAUUAACAGCCAAGGGGUGAUUUGCCUGGACAUCUUAAAAGACAACUGGAGUCCAGCAUUAACCAUUUCUAAAGUCCUUCUUUCUAUCUGCUCACUUCUCACAGACUGCAAUCCUGGUAAGGCAGCCAAAACGGGGCAGUGGGUGAGAGAAUCUCUGUUCUGCAGCAGGUAUUAGGUUCAGAGCAUCUUCCUCUUUUGCUCAUUAUAUAUAUAGAGAGAGAGAGAGAGAGUGUGUGUUUCCAUUUUUUUGCAAAUUGGCUUCAGAUUGAAUAACUUACAUUGUUCCGCACAUGCUUUUCAGAAUGUAUGUAUACAUGGUUCUACCUUCAGAUCAGUUACACAAAUACUGCUUUGGGUUUAUUCAAGUAAAACAGGUGUGUAGAUGCAGCUGAUGAAUUCUGAUGGAACAGUUACACAUGGAAGACAUUCAUCUUUCACUUUGGCGUCCAUCAAAUCAUUCUAACAUCAACAUUUGCCAUGACUCACCCACUUUACUAUAUUAGGAACCACUUUCUUGACAAUUAGUGUUUUUCUUCUGGGGCGACCCAGGGGUACGCAUACCCCUAAACAUUUUGUGAAUUUUCAUACUUUUGUCCAUAUACUGUAUUUAUUUUUCCCGAUCUGAACUAUAAAAGGGUGAUUUUCUUGAGUCAAAAUGAGAGUACCCCUAAACAUUUGGGGGGGGGGAAGCACUGACUAUAUGCAUAGAAAAAUCUGACCGCAGAAUCUGAAAUACACACAUUUAGAAUCUGAAAUAUUCCAAACAAUUCUAAAUUUAGAAUUCUGAAUUCACAGUGACAAGAGUUGCACAUGUUUGAUACAUUACAUAAAAGGGUCCAUGGACUGAGAAGCAGCAAAAGAAUCUGGGAAAAAAACCUCUUAUGAAUUAAGUGUGUAAGAAUACGAGAAGGUUUCUUCUUUCGAGGUGCAAAUCUCUUUUGUUUUGAAUGAAUAUUAGAGGUGUGCUGUAUCUGUAGAAAUACCAACAGCCUGUUCUUAUGUAUAAUUACUAAGAAAUAAGUUUCCAGGGUUCAGUAGACCCUACAUGUGGCUGGAGAAACCAUAAAUACUAAAAUAAUAAUAAUUGCAACUAAAACUUCAGUUCAGUCACUGAACAGGUGGUUUUCUGAGUCCCCAUUGGAUUUAAACUCUUCUCUUGUGAUAUUUCCUUUCUUUUUCCUGCCCCAAAGUUCAAUGAUGAGCUGGAACUUUCUUUCUCCCUUUGCAGCUGACCCCCUGGUUGGAAGUAUUGCUACUCAAUAUAUGACUAACAGAGCAGAGCAUGACAGAAUGGCCAGACAGUGGACGAAGAGAUAUGCUACAUAAACUGGAAUUUUUCUCCAACCCUUGCGUUAAAUCGUCUGUGAUGGAAAGAGCUGCUUAUGAUUUUGAAGGGGGGGGGACACGGGGGGAGGGAGAGGGGAGGAACUGAGAAAAGAGUAGGGUAUUUCUAUAACAGAUUUUAUUCAGUCUUUUAUUUCCUAAGAUUUUGUUGUUGUAACUUAAGGUAUCUUGCUACAGUAGUCAGCUAGAAUGGGGAAUAGCAUAUUUUAAAGACUGUCAUUAGUUCAGCAAUAGUAGCUCUGAAUUAUAGCACCAAGAAGAAUGUAAACUACUUUGGCAAUUGGAGGGGCGGGGGGGGGGAAGGAAACGGGUGUUUGGUUAACUUGUGAUAGGUAAAAGAUUAAAAACAGCUUAAUUUUGUACAGGUACAUAUAUUUGGCAUUUAUGUAAAAGUUCUUUCAAGAAGACUCGCUAUAUGCUUCUUCUCUUUUAGUUUGGUUUUAUUUUGUAAAAAGAUGUUGGGAAUAUUUUCUUUUUUUCCCCAUGGGAGGUGGGAGAAUUUGGUAUUUAACAGAUCCCUUUUAAAAGUCAGCCAUCUCAUUGGUUUGAAUUAUGGGGUGGUGGCUGUUUUGUUGCCUCACCUAGAACAGGGGAAGUAGUUCAUGUAUAUUCAUUUUUCUAUGCCAAGUUAACCUUUGUGAAAACGAAAGGUUUUAACUAGGACUUAGGGCAACCUGUAGUGAAAUACCUUAAGCUGUUUAACUGUAAGGCGUGAAAUAGGAGUCACUCAGUGGAUUGGUUGUAUGUUGUGGGCUACCUAAGUCUGCAUUUGUUACUGUGCUAAUAAAAAUAUGUAC